CUGGCACCUGCUGGUUGAAGGUGGACACUGCAGUUUAAGAGAGCUGCUUUUGGUCGGCACAGAUGGAGGUUUCCCUAAACAGUGGUCGUAUAAUUUGACGACAAUUCUUGCACUAGUCUGUUUAAAAUCCAGCUCACCAAAUCUAUCCGGUUUGACUUCAUAUCUUUUAAAAAAAUAUAACCGUUUGUUGCUAUCAAGGUGGCUAACCGGCGAUGCUAACCGGUGAAACAGGGGGCGAGGAAGACUGGUCCACUCCUUUAACAGCGGGAGAUACAACUUUAUAGUUUUAGUUUGUUUGAAAACUUAAAAAAACAAAAUGAUAUUGAGUUCUGGAAAUGCGUCUUAUUGAACUUAUUUACCAGUUAGAAAUGUAAAUAUAGGGAAACUGCCGUUUACUUAUUAAUAAUAUGCUUGGUGAGUCCCCCCCUUCGUUCAGCAGAGUUGGUUUCGUCUGUUGCCGCUGUGUGUUGCUCUCCUUCCUGAAAGACACUUGCAGUGGAGACUCUGAUGUCGACAAGCUUGAGCUGGUAAGUACAGGUGUUUUAUGGCGAUUAUCAUCCUUUCUUGUACUCAAUUAUUAUAUUUAUACUCGUCUCCCUCCCAGGUAAUUCCCCUGAAUGUAGCGUCUUAAAUAUAAAGCUUUAAUUUAGUGUUUUAUUCCCUUUUUUCUGCCUCCUUUCCUCUGCUAUCCUCCCGUUGUGGGUGCUGGUGUCGUGGUCCUGGUUCGGUUAUGUUUACAAAUUCAGCUUGAGAGAAAGGUAGAGCAAGUCAGUACGCUGAGCUACGUGUGAAAUAUUGGCUCCAGAGCUUUUGUUAAAGGGUGGUAACAGUUGUACACCUCAGUCCAGCCUGUAGCUUCCCUUUUCGUUUUAAAGGAAGCUUGUACACGCCGGAGUGGGAGGAAGAGAGUCGUGGAGAUUAUACCGCUGCAGGUGUUUCCUUGUUGCCCCGUGGGCUGGUGCCCACUGUGGGCUGUGGGAGACAUCGAAUUCAACAAAAUUAGAAGGGACGAGGAUGCAAGAAAUUGGAGAACAAAUAAAAGAUAUCAGUAAAGACAAAAAAUUUAAUAAGAUAAUCAAUUAUCAGGAGUUGAAAUGGUGGUUGUUGUGGUUGUUUUGACUUCAUAAUGGUUUAAUAGUUUUCCCUGAGUUGUUGUUUAAUGUUUUACAGUUUAAUUUUUAAUAAUUAAUAAAUAAAACACUGUUCAGUCGGUGUUAAAAGUGACAGCCAGCUUUAGACGGCUAAUAAAAUUUUGAUAACUCAGAUAAUAAACGUCCUUGUGUUUUCGUCUGUUUUAUUAUUGUGCAACCGUAACUAUCCACCCCUGUUAAUGAUUUCUUUGUAAUAAAUUCAUCAGACCUGAUACGGUGCAUAAUAAAGAUAACAGGCUCCUAAUUUGUGUUCUCUCUUUUUCCAGCAGAGACCAUAAACUCCAAAAAGGAAAAAAAGAUUUCUAAAGAUAUUGUGAGCUUCCACAUGGCACUGAACCACUCAGUUAAACAUUAAUCCGAGUUUACCCUGCUCCAGAGCAUUGCCCUCUUAGAUGCCGCUCACUCUCUGUCUCUGCAAAUGGCUUGUUGUCUGAAGGACGAGCUCCUCUGUUCCAUCUGCCUCAGCAUCUACCAGGAUCCCGUUAGCUUUGGCUGCGAGCACUACUUCUGUAGAAAGUGUAUCACCGAGCACUGGAGCAGACAGGAGCCUCACGGGACGAGGGAUUGUCCUGAGUGCCGCAGGACCUUCACUGACCCCCUCCUUUCGCCCAGUCUCAAGCUGUCCAACAUUGUGGAGCGCUACUCAGCUUUCCCUCUGGACGCCAUCCUCAACGCUCAGAGGAGCUCCUACCCCUGCAAGGACCACGAGAAGGUCAAGCUCUUCUGCCUCACGGACAAAAGUCUGGUGUGCUUCUUCUGUGACGAGCCGGCGCUGCACGAGCAGCACCAAGUAACCACUAUCGACGAAGCGUACGAGGAGAUACAGGUCAGUCAAAGCACUCAUGCACCCCAACAGCUCAUUAGGAAGGGUGAGACGGACUUCUUAAAAUACAUCAGCACUCUGAAGCACAUGCAGGCAGUUGCACUCAUUCAGCCCUAUGAGAGAUGCCCAGACAGUUCAGGCUCAGACCUCUGCUCCCACAGAGCCGCUCCACAAGGGCAGUUUGGGGAUUUGAUGCUGUGCUCAUGAGUACAGAUGUUACAGAGGAAUGAAAUGUAUCUAAUUGAAUUUGUCCUCGCCGAUGCCUUCAUUACCUGGUUCAUCAAUGAGUUUAACUGGGUACUAUUCCCUCUGAACUCAUGCUAUUUUCACACGUCUAAGAGCCUCCCUUGCCUUUGAAUGCCUUGCCUGCAGUGUCUGUUGUCUAUCAAGAACUUGACUUCUGGAAAUUUUUCAGAACAAGUCCUCCAAAAAUGCAUUCCUGCUCUCCUUUAUAUAAGCUAGAACUACUGAAAAGGAUCUGGAAACAAAGCGAGUUAUUGUUGAAAUCAGUGCAAAGACCAGGUCUGGGUGAAACAUUUCCCUCAUGACAGUAACUUUUUUAGCUUCUCAACAAAGCUAUUAAUAUGUCAUGUGCUUUAAAGUUUAGUCAUAUUUUCCACAUUAACAAGAAGGGUUCUGUUUGCUUUCAGCUCACUGUUUAUAUAAUUCCAUUCCCACUGAGCCAAAAUCCAAUAACUGCGAAACAAAGCUCUUAAUCCUGUUCCUUCUUUGCCCGAGAAUGCAAAGAAACACAUUCCAGCCUAAUUUCAUGUAUUCUGUCUAAUGUCUUACAUCUGCUGAUACUGAUGUAGACGAUGAUCUGCCCGAAGCAAUAUGUAAACAUUUGGUCUGCAGGUUUUUUGGCACAUCAACAUGCACUCUUUUAUAAGAAACAGACUGAAGUGUUCUCAGCUUGGUGUGCGUAUGAAUGCUUUACACUUUCCCAUCACAGCUGGGAGUAAAGCUGGGUGUCACAUUUUCAUAAUCAUUGCUGAGGUUCCCAUAUUUCAGUGAAACAUCAUUUCCAGUUAUUGAGUCAUUUUUGGCAGUAUGUCUCCACCUUGAAAAUACCACUGAGUCUUUCACUGGAGUGCUUCUGUAUAAUUUUGAGUCCACCCUUGCUGCAGACGCCGUAUCAAUGAGCUCGCCUCUGCCUUUUGACUAUUCAUUACACUGGCAUACAGCAGUGCUGCGAGUGUGUAUCUUUGACACCGGCAGGCUUUUUCUGAACUCUGAAUCCGUGAGCAGAUUUCAUUGCACCCUGAACGAUAAACUCCAGCAAAGAAAAGCGAGAUAAAGCUGAUACAUUACAAUACCACUGUUUUAUGACUUCAUAAAAUAACAGCCUAAAGAUAUCUACAACAACCAUUGACAUUCAACCUAAAACUCUGCUGUCGGCCUGUCUGCUAACAACAGUUUCAUGUUGAAUGUCUGGCUCAGAAGUUUGUUGCUGGAGGUCAAACUGUAAUCCUGUAACACAAAGAGGUAAUAACAAGCCCUUAUUCAUGAAUAUACUAUAUUAGAGCUCCUGUGAGAAACAGCAGACACCAGCCAGCCAAACACACUGUCAACACAGAGCGUCAAGGAGACGGUACCAUGACGUAACAUCACUGUGAUGUCUAUCUGAACUGAACCCUCUGGGAAUUAAGUUUUUGAGGACAUUUGAAGGCUGAAAUUUGAUAUAAGUGAGUUAAAGAUUUGUGAAAUCACGCAUUUACUUUAAGUAGGGCUGGGCAAUAAACCGAAAAUUUACCGAUACUGAAAUUUACGACAAUAACGGACGUCAUUUUGCCCGUGUCAAUAUAUUCUGUGUCAAAAUGUCAAUAUUUGGCUUCCUCCAUAGACAAAGCAGAGCAAUCAUUUUUUUUCCGAUUAGGGGUGUCACAAUAUCCGGAUUUCUUCUCAUAGUUAUCGUGGCCAUAAAAUAUUUCAACAACAAUAUUAUUGCAAUAUUCAUGGAAAACUUGAGGAUAAAACAAUACAGUUAGGUAAGAAGAGGGCGGUCACAUCUAUAAAUAGGGCUGGGCGAUAAACCGAAAAUUUACAGAUACAAAAAUUUACAUCAUUUUGCCCAUGUCAAUAUAUUUAGUGUCAAAAAAAUACAUAAAUAAAAGUUGGUUUUGGAUGUAUGUAGGUAGGCUAUGGUCUCAUGUCCCUUUUAAGACGCUGUCCUACGUUGGAGACCUGACUCCACCCCAUCCAGUCUGUGAGAAAGAGGAAAAGACAGGUGAGGAGAUGGAGGACGGUUCAAAAGUUGUAGCAGCUGGAGCAGCGGAUGAAGUAGAUGAAGUUAAUGUGGGAGGGGGUGAGCAGCUUGUGGAGUAGUUAUCAUCCAUUUAUCAUCAUCGAGGUGAACUGCUUAAUAUAACGUGAUAUUGAUUUGAGGCCAUAUCGCCCAGCCCUUUAUGUAAAUGUUGUAAGGCUAAUAUCAUACAAAGCCCUGACAUCUACCAGUCUGGACACAUGUGUUAGAAGACGAUCUGAACAGCACAAAGGUUGAGCUGUUGAACCUUUGUACUGUUUUUCAGCACCAAAGUUUUUGGCUGGAAAUUUUUUGAAGUAAUGACAAGAAUGGAUGAGAUUGUGUAACCACACUGGUGAAAGCAGAAUAAUUCACUGUAACCUGAAAAACAGUUCCUGCUCCUGUAGCUGUUACUGUAAGCGUCUCUUUGUUUUGAAAACUAAGUCUCUGAAAUACAUUAUCUUAGCUGCUGAUACCUGAAAAUGUCACUGCUUUAGCUGUUUAGAUUGUUUUUCACAUUAUGUAAUUGACGUCUCAACUUCGUUCUUUUCAAUUUCUGAUGCUAAAACAUAGUCCUUUUAUACAUCCUCAUUAAAUAAAGUCUUACUUGAAUUCUGCCAGGUCAAAGAAAGAAAACUGAAAGCAUCCAAUCUCAUUAUCAGCUUUGUAUAAACACCUUUUAAGUUUUUUAUUAUUCUUCUGUUUCAGGGGAUCACAACCCUGCAAAUUUUAAUUGGAUAAUAAAAAGUAACUCCACUGAGUUGGCUUUGCGGAGAGAAUGAAAGUAUAAAACAUUAAAUAAAGGACGAGUAUAAUAAAUUUAACUAAUGGCUUUAAUAUAAACAGAGCUGUACAUCUGCGCCCUCCUGUGUUCUGCAUUAAAUAGAAUUAACAGCGCUGUGAACAUCAACGCUGUCCUCUUCAUUUCCAAUCAGGCUCUGCGCUGGAAGCCUGAGAAAGGUCAAAACUGUAAUCUUGGAGCAGAAGUAAUUAGGCCCAGCACAAGAUGUUUCUCUUUUCUUGGACACCAGCUUGUCCCUCUGUUUGGAGCUCUUUUCAAGGCGGCGAUCUGGCAUUUUGUACUCUGCCAGGAGCUUUGGAGCCCUCCCAGAUCUACAACGCCGAAAAAGAGUACGAGUACACAUAGGCCUCAUCGGAAAACAGCCAUGUCCCAUGAUGAGCUUGGCACGCUUGCCUCUUUAGAUUUACAAGUGGCUGAUUUGUUUCUUGAUGUCGUGUCCAUACUGUGCAAACACUCAUUAUGAGUGUGUGAACUUCAUUCUCUGCGUCUCAUUGGACAGCAACUAUGGUCUAUUUGCUCUAUAGUAAGCAGACAGAAGUUGUGGUGGACACGUAUAUUUCAAACUUAACUUUUUUAAGCAUGAGGCUCAACAAAAGUGCCAAAAUAAUACGCUGAGGAUGAGUUCAGGCCCAGUAGCAAUCAGCUCAGAGUUUUGCACAUGUCAUGCCAGCUUGGUGGCCUUUGUUGAAAUGAGCCUUAGAGUUUUUUUCAGGGUGGGAAAGUUUGCAGAGGAAAAGGAUUUGGUAGGUCGAGAGCCAAAGCUUGGCCUUCUUGUGUUGAAUUGUUUGACACUUUGGCACGUCGGAUUUAGGAUUUCGCUGGAACUGUUCAUGCUUUUGUCUCUCUAAAAGUUGCCUCAACUCAUUAUUUGUGGGGUUAUGCAGAACUACGACUCCACGCAGAGGGGAGGUGCAGACUGUUGGUGACUGCAAAUGUGCUGCAGAGAUUCAUGAUUUUAUUCUCAGUAAAAACAAAAGAAAUCUUGCUCAUGGCUGAGCUUUAAUGGUUUACUCUUUCCCAACAGCGGUUACAGCAUUACCUCAGCUCAUCUCCUGCUGGAGGAGCAGGAUGACACAGACACGUCCCCUAUCACCUUGUUGUUGUCAGCCCAGCUGUCAUCGAAAUGGGAACAUGUUUCACAAUCAGAGCUGGCUUUACUAUCUACAGAACACACUCUGGAGUACAAAAAAACAUAAAACAAUGUCUGGUGACCUAGAAAUUGUGAGUUCAUUUUAAGGUCCGUCUUGCCAAAUAGAUCUGAAACUAAAAGAGAAUCUCUGAAUGAAUUCACCCCUAAUUUGGUCCCUACACAUGAUUUCACAAACCUUUAACUCACUUAUGUCACAUUUCAGCCUUUAAAUGUCCUAAAAAAACUUAAUUCCCAGAGGGUUCACCUAGGGCUGGGCGAUAUGGCCUCAAAUCAAUAUCAUGAUAUAUUGAGUAGUUCACCUCCAUAACGAUAAAUGGAAGAUAACUACUCCACAAGCUGCUCACCCCCUUCCACAUAAACUUCGUCUACUUCAGCCGCCGCUCCAGCUGCUGCAACUUUUGAACCGUCCUCCAUCUCCUCACCUGUCUUUCCCUCUUUGUUACGGACUGGAUGGGGUGGAGUCACGUCUCUGACAUAGGACAGCAUCUUAAAGGGACAUGAGACCAUAGCCUACCUACACACAUCCAAAACCAACUCUUAUUUAUGUAUUUUUUUGACACCAAAUAUAUUGACAUGGGCAAAAUGACGUAGUUUUUUGUUGAAAAUUUCAGUAUUGGUUAAUUUUUGGUUUAUCACCCAGCCCUAUUUACAGAUGUAACCACCCUUUUCUUACUUGAUUGUAUUGUUUUAUCCUCAAGUUUUCCAUAAAUAUUGCGAUAAUAUUGUUGUUGAAAUAUUUUAUGGCCAUGAUAAUCAUGAGAUGAAAUCCGGAUAUUGUGACACCCCUAAUCGGCAAAAAAAUGAUUGCUCUGCUUUGUCUGUAGAGGAAGCCAAAUAUUGACAUAUUGACACCGAAUAUAUUGAUAUGGGCAAAAUGGCGUUGGUUAUUGUUGUAAAUUUUGGUAUCUGUAAACCUUUGGUUUAUCGCCCAGCCCUACUUAAAGUAUAUGCAUGAUUUCACAAACCUUGAACUCACUUACAUCACAUUUCGGCCUUUAAAUGUCCUCAAAAAGACUUAAUUCCCAGAGGGUUCAGUUCAGAUAGACAUCACAGUCAUGUUACAUCACGGUACCGUCUCCUUGACGCUCUGUGUUCACAGUGUGUUUGUUUGGCUGGCUGGCGACUGCUGAUGAGGGCAGCCUGUGGUGGCUCUGCGGCCGCCUGUAAUCUCCUUAGCCUGGCAUGUCACUGCGUUGACCUCAGGCCCUGAGUCCUGUUGCUGCAUUGAGAGCUUUACUUCCCGCUGAUUUGCAUCCCCCUCCCCUGUGAAGCACUCCUGCAGCCAAAUCUCAAAUGCACAAACACAUCCAGCAGGGGUGAUGCACACACAUCUGGCAAGCAUGCUUCAAAUACAUAAUUACUUCCUCAGCAUUAAGGACGUGAAGGUGGCGUGGAGGAGGAGGAUUUGUCUACAGCAGUGCCAUUUGAGAUUUCACAAGAACUGAGCGUUCCUAUUCACAGAUGGAUGUCCUUUACAAGAAUAGAAAUCAUUUUUGAUGCAAAAUCAUCUCAACCUAAUAGAAGUCAAUAUGAAAAUGAGCCAUAAUCAGCGCUAGACAUCUUCAAGGUUCUUAAUACACACAGAAAGUCAUUUUAAUUUGUUGUGAAUUUCCUCAUUUGAAGUCACGAAAUGAGGUUUUAACCAUAAAGACAGAUGUUCUUAUCUGCAGAGCUGCAUCGCUCAGCUUGUAAACUUUGUGCUCUAUGUUCUGUGAAAUAACGCCUUUAUUUCUGGCAGCAUGUUUAAUGGUGAUGAGAUUGUAGUGCCCUCCCUCAGCCAUGCAACACUUGGCGCCAUCUUAAAUUAGAGGUUGGCUGGAUCGCUGGGACGCGAAGCUGUGUCCUUAUUACAACGCCGCCGUGGUCCAAAGUUGGCAGUAAACUCCAGCAGAGGACAAAGUUGAAGCCACAGCAGCCACUAUGUCUUAAUUGUGAUGAUGUGGGCUGUCAGCGAGCAGUUUGUGUGCGUGUGUGUAGGUCUGUGUGUGUGUGUGUGUGUGUGUGUGUUUUGGGGGCCGGGCACACACUCCUCCUGCUGUCUGCUCACCCUGGGGAUGUGUUUCCGCUCUAGUUGACCGUGCUGUGAAACCAGAUAAGAAGGGAAAUAAAAACUGCUGCCGCUGGUUAUCAUGCAUAUUUGGGCACUUAAUUUUGCUCUUCAUUAUAUAGAUCCUGUGGACGGUACAGCAGCAGCAGGCAGCCACGCAGCCUUGGCGGUCUGGGUUUGACUGAAGCCCACGCAGACAGAGAAGGGAAUGAUUAUCGGGGUGUGAGUCACCCACACAGACCUGUCACUCAAAGCCUGCAGAUGCACCUGUACGCCGUCCUUGAAUAAUCCUGUCUUAUACCUUGUUAACUCUUUCUUAUCUAACCACACGUUGGUUAAUCACCGAGACGUUCGUGAAUGUCUUGUCUGUCGCGCAGAAUGAGCGCGCCAGCCUUUUGAAGUGUCUCUCUGGUGGUUUUCAAAACAGGCCUGUCUUUCACUCUCCUGCUGUCAGAGCCAAGCAAAGAGCUCUCUCCCCCUCUCUUCCUCCCUCUCUUUUUCUCUCCCCGAGCCUGCCAUCACCACGCAUGGCCGUGCUGCUGCAGUAAUGAGUCAGGCAAUUUCAAGGGCACCCACGGCUGCCAUCACCCCUGUGGCUCAUCUCAGCCCGCUCUCCUUUUUUCCUCUCGCAGCUCCAUCUCUUCCCUCCUCUCAGUCUGUUUUUAUUUUCCCUCCUGCGCUCUCUCACUAAUCUCCUCCUCGUUAUCCAAAAGGUAUGUGCUUUAUUGAAUGCCACACAUCUUCUCGGAGAGCCGGGUUCUCAAGCCCCCACCCUGCUCGUUUCCCACCACGCACCCACCCUCAAAUAAACAAGUUGGUCCAGCUUGCCGGUCGGUCAGGGUGGUGUGGCAGAGAGGCUGCGAUCAUGUAGAAAUGGAGCCAUGGGGAAGACAGAGCAGUCAUGUUCUAUUAGAGGAGUGCUGGCAUAUUAUCAUCCAGAGAGAGACAGUGGCCUCUCAUGCACUCAUUACUGAUAGCACUGACGAUGCUCGAGGCCGCCGCGCAGAGCUGAGCUGCAUGUUUACUUGAGCUGCAUUGAUGGGAGCGAGCAGAGCUGAAGCUAUGUCAAUCACACCCAACGUUUUGUCUAGUUUAGAUGAUUACUUUGUCGAGCUCUUAAGUUAAGUGAGUCAGAUGACUGUACAUCUGUUGUGCAUUAGGAAGAUCCAUGUAGGACUUCUGCUCAGAGGGGUCUGUUUUGCAAUAUGCCAUAUGUUUUUGAGCAAUAAGUAAAAUGACUCGUUAUACCGGAGGGCAGGAAACAUCUAUUUAAAGGUGUUUACAGAUAUAUAUCCUAUAGGUGGAAAGACAACAAAGCAAAAAAAAAUCACAAGGCUACGACGACAGUAAAUUCUUGUAAACACUUGCAUGUUUGUAACUGUAGGCUUCUUAAAAGUUCAUGAACCUACAAAAGGAACCUCAAAAUGUAACUCCUCGACACUUUAUAGGUGCUUUAAGAGCAUAUAGGUCCCGAUAUUAUCAAGAACUUGCUGUUCACUCUCGCAGAGGGGACUCUUCCCUCUCCAACGCACUCUCACAACUCAGUUUACAGGUGCAUCUUAUUAUGUUACAACACUGUGAAAUACUUGAAAAUGUUACAUAAAUCAGAAUAAUAAUGCAUCAGAUUUUAUAGCGGUUUUUAUCAAUGACCUCAAAGUGCUCUACAUUGCAUCCAUCAUUCAUUCGCUCACACAGUCAGGGCUGUAAUCAACCAAAGAAAUUCUUGGUUGAUUAACGUGGACGCUCCUCAAUCUUCCUGUCUUCAACCAGUCUCCAGUGGGUUGGGCGAAUUCUAAAUGGUGAAAAUAAGGGGGGUGUUCUGAGACAGGCUGUUACCUGUGAAACGGGUGGGGGGGGGGGGGGGGGGUUCCCGACUCUGAUGGCAAACCCUUCUGCGGCGGAGGAUGACCAGCUCGGCGGAGUGAAAAUAUACUGAUUUAAGCACAAGAAGGCAAUUCAACACAAAUAUUAUAUUCAGCAAACUACCUGACAUCGAUUAAUGUGGACGCUCUUCAAUCUUCUUGUCUUCAGCCAGUCUCCAGUGGAUUGGGCGAAUCCAGAAUGGUGAAAACAAGGGGGUAGUUAUGAGACAGGCUGUUACCUGUGAACUGGGGAUGCUCUGAAAACGACCCCAUUACAACUUCCUUCUGAUGAAAUUAACCAUAGACUGUAAAUUAACGCAGAAAAAAAAUGGGUGACACCCUGGUGAUCAUAAAGUACUUUUGUAGUCAAAGCUGCCCUGGGGCAGACCGACGAAAUCAUGGCUGCCAAUUUGCACCUACAGCCUCUCUGACCACCACCACACAUCACUCACAAUCAUACAUUAGUGGAGGACACACACUGGGAGCAAGGUGGGUUAAGUGUCUUGCUGAAGGACACAACAAACAGACUAGGGAUAAGUGAGGAUCGAACUGCCAACCUUCCAGUUAUUGGACGACCGCUCUACCUCCUGAGCUACUGCUGCCCUGAAUGUUUCAUGCAUGUCUGCUGAAAGUGAACUACAGCGCAAAGCUCAAAAAUGUAAAGAUGCGUACAUCAAAAUAACAGAGUGCUUCAUGUCAAAUUAAGUAAAUUACUGUUCACACAGAGUAGACACCAUGUAUCUUUGAGUCGAGUUUAGAGCAUGCAGCCACAAGCAUUAGUAGAAUCGCUGACUUGACAGUUGUCCAGAUGACAAUCACUGACACCCUCCACAAGAAGGGUAAGCGGGGGAAGGUCAUUGCUGAAAAGGCUUGCUGUCCACAGAGUGCUGUAUUGAAGGGAAUUAAGUGAGUGAAAGUGUGGAAACAAGGACAAGGUGCACAAGUAACAGGAAGGACUGCAGCCUUGAGAGAAUUGUCAAUAGUCGAUUCAAGAACUUUUGAAAACUUCUCAAGGAGCGGACCAAGGCUGCCAGUGCUUGAUGACUUCCGGGCUUUCAGAUUGUUAUUGCCAGUUCUCUCUUUUUAUUCAUGAACUUUUUGUUGUGUUACAUCUUCAUUUCCAGGAGGCACAAUCAAAAUAUAACAAACUGCAAACCGAUGAGUAUGAAACAGAGGCAUUCACGCUGGUAUAGGAUAUACUGAUGCAGUUUAAUGCAGCAGCCGUGCUCCUUUGUGAAGUUUAUAAUGUUCAGCUUCUGUUUGAGCAGUUUUAAUAAGGCUUUGAUUUCACUUUACAAUCAUUUUUAUAGAAGGUAGUUAUGAUUGUGUUGGCUUGUGCUAAUAAGUGUUUCAAGUGUCUUUAGAGAGGGUAUGAGAGGCUCUCAGCUUAGAGCAGUGCUCAUACUACAGCUUUUUAAUGUUAAACAAACACGUUAUUAUUACUCUCAUAAAUAAAGCAGUUAUUGCAGGGUGGUUGCAGUUAAGAAAAGAAAUUAAGAAUUAACUAAGCGAGCUGUUUGACAAGUGUUUGCUUACAUGGUGACUAGGGAUGGGCGAUAUGGGCUAAAAAAUUUAUCACAAUAAGAUUUGCUAUUCUGGCGAUAACGAUUAAAGUCCAGAUAUAAAAUGUUAUAAUUUCAAUCCAUAUUUUUGACUCAUAACAGUUGGAGUAGUCAAAUAUGAUACUUAACUACAAGUUUAAGUGGUAGGUUAUUGAGAAAACUAGUGACAUCAAACAAGUCUGAAAUGUGAUAACAUUUUCAGCAUUUGUUGAAAACUCUAAUUACUCUUAGUGAACAGCAGCAGAUCCACUGUCCGAUGUCCGGAAUACCUGACUACACUCAUCUAAGAAGGAAAUCUCUCAUGGGGAGCCUCGUUCGUUAACGAGCUGCUCAGAAACGUCGGCUGUGUCCGAAAUGAAUCACUCAGUCCCUAACCCCCAUAUGGGGUUUUACUAUCUAGCUUACUAUGUAGUGAACUCAAUCACCAGAGGUUUCAGACACUACAUGGCAUGAUGGGAUGCCCACCAUGACCAUGACCAUGAGAUGUCACUACAUUUUGCAAUGCUUUGUGGGAAAUUUUAAGUCGCCUGUAAAGGGCACUGGAAUUGAUCACUGAGGUUUCGGACACCCCUCAAUAUGGCGCUAACCCCCAUGUAGUCACACAUAUAGGGGUUAGGGAUCCAUUUUGGACACAGCUGUCUUCUUUACCUUCAGCCAUGUUUGUUUGUUAUUCUGCUCUUUUUUGGCUACGGCUGCGAGUCUGUCACUUGCACUUAUAUCAUCAACUUGAAUUUAUCGUGUUUAUCAUGAGUUUGCAAACAUUUAUCAUGGAGGAUUUUUCUGUGAACAAAAAUUUAUCGCCCAUUCCUCAUGGUGACAUUAUGAAUAGUACAAUCCUCAAAAAUAGCACUUUUUUUUUAGAGUCGCGUUCUGCUGAAGUGGAAGUUGAACAAAUCCCCACACGUGACGUGAGUGUACCCUUGUGAUUCAUCUGACAUUUAUGUUUUGUACCUGCUGUACUGUGUUUAAGUGUCUGAGCGGCUAUCUCUCUGUACGUACAUGAAGGCAGAGAGUGAGUGGCACAUGAGCGCUAACAAGUACAGAGAGGGAGAGGGAGGAGGAUAGAUUUACUGGCCGUCUUUCUUUGUGAAAGGGGAAGUGCUGUCCUUUAAGUUUUGCAGCUUAAAGUGAGGGUUAAUGCCGAGCUCAAGAAACCCUAAUGCGAGGAAGAGCAGCCUGCACACCAGUGACACUGCUAUAAAGAUUUCAUUAAAUGAAAAAGACCAGGCACUCAGAAAUACUGUGUAAGUGGGUGCUUUUUCUUCAGCUUGCUUGUAGGUAGAAUAGCCUCUUAAAAACCAAUGAAUGUGAAACGAGAGUUUGAGGGAGAUGCUUUUUCUCAGCUGAGAAAAUCGCAGAUUUUGGCGUAGGUUAAAAACCCAUGAUUGUGGAGCGAUUGUAGAGCACAUUUUCAACCCUUUUUUCUGUCUGUGUCAGUUUGAUGUUUGGGUGGAUGUGAGCCGCUGAACCGCUGCAGCCAUGAGACGGCGUUGCUUGAUUAGCAGGGGAAUUAAGACAGAUUACAGUCCAUUGUUCUCGGGUUUAUGGGCAGGGCAGGACCAGGCUGUAAUCUCUUGUAAAGCCCUGUGUCGCUGAUUUUCUGCAGAUUAUUUAAUUAGACUUUCCGCAGAUAAAGGACCCUCUUUCAUGGCUCCCAGACUCAGAUGUGACCCCCCUUGAGUUCCCUAGACACUGGGAGAGAAGAAGCCUGAAGAUAUUUACCUGCUUGGUAUCUCUUCUCUUUUCAAUGAGAGCAGUGCCUCUGUUUCACCCACAAACCUCAGUUAGGUUUCGGUGUAGGAGGACUAGAGAUGACCGAUAGGCUGACACGUGCUGGACGAGCUCGCACAUGCUCAGUCCGGUUUGAGCUCGUGGGAUUUCAGAAAAACAAUUCUUUGCAAAACAUUUUGAGAUUACCAGAGUAGCGAGAAAAAGGCAGCUUUGUAAAUAAAUAAACAGAUUUAGGGAUAAAGCGUGGGAUAAAAAAAACAACCCAAUGAAAGCGAUUUAAAUGUUUUGCAUGACAGCCCUGUUUUUUUUCCUUUGUAAUAAUUGAUUUCCUUAUUAGCCAUUUUAAACGGCGUAGCUCUUAAAUUCCUUGUCAGCGUGAUGUAUGGCCAAUUUAAGUUUCUCCGGCCAGGCUUUCUUGGAGCUUAUUUUUAUUCCUAUAAUGCAUUCAGGGUGCUCCAGGGUCAGGCUAAUCAGUGGGGAGCAGCCAGCUGUAUAGUCUGUUCUCACCCUCGUUCCUCCACUCUUCAUCAUCGCCCUCUGUUUGCACAUUAACACAAGCUUCCUGCUCCAGCAGCUGUUAACAGUUUGGGCAUUUAACUGAGUAUUUUUUUUUUCCACUGUGACUUACGGUAACCUGUAAAACAACAAGUGAGCAUUUAUCAAACACGACCAGUUGCUGUAGGCUAUAUCAGAAUCUUCAGAGGAGUAAACAAAGGAUCUCUCAGCCUGAUACUAUGUGCACUACAUUGGCGGUGUUUCUGUCUAAAAGUGUACAUUUAAAUGAGAAAAAGGACCAAUUAAGCUUUUGUGCUUUGUUUCACCUGAUAGGCUCUGUAACAAAUUGUACAAUACUUGUGUUUUCAUAAUGAGGGGACUUCAUGCAGGAAUAUUAAUCCAAAUAAAAGCAAACAAGUAUCAUGUUUGAAUAUAGAAUCACAAUCGCAAUCAAAUUCUGAUUGAAGAGAAAAUACGCCAAAUAGAAAACCAAGUAAUUGAUUUAGCUGCAUUUGAAAGUAAUCACACAGAACAGGAGGAAGAUGAAUAGCAAAUUAUUAAAUUAUUAUUCUGUCUGUUCCACUCCUUACUGAUUACUGAAACACCAGUUUGUUGUUUUCUGAGGGAAAUAAGACGAGAGAGAGAUCGAGCUGCAUCCAAAUUGUUCUGAUGCAAACAUGAAGCCAGAGAAUUCGACAUCUAAUGACCUAAAAUCGCUUUUAAUAAACCACACUGACAGUGAAUCUCUCCAAACAUCACACUUGGACGCCUUGUUGGCUGUCAUGUUCAUCUGCACUGGCAAGUUGCAUGACAUGUACUAUUAGGCUCUACAUUUUACUCCUUUUCCAUGUAUACAUUUAUUAAUGAUGCCAACUAAAUAGGCCUAUGUGUUUUCUCUUAUAGAAAACCAAGCAACUGACAUUUUAACUGGUGGUGCUGAGGCUUUAUGGGACGUAACGUCCUUUCACAUGUCCGACCAUGUCCAUAAUGUACAACAAAAGUGUUAAACAAAAAGAUUAGCUUACUUUUGUCAAAGUGUGUUUCUGUAACAGUCUGUUACCACUCUGCAACAGAUGUGGAUAACUCGAUGUGCUGUCUUCCAAACUAUCUCAGAGGAUAUCAGGAUCAGGUAGGUAGAUUAUGCCCCCAUCUAAAAUGAAUUUGGACAGCCUCUAGUUUGCGAUUUAUUUAGUAUAGUCAUCCAGUGUAGCCUUUGGUUCAAGGUUGAACAAACAUGAUGCACGUCAACGGGCAACUAAGUCCAAUUUUACUGCAUUUGUCACUAUAACAUCACGUUCAGAUAAAUAAUGUUUUAGUUGAGGAACUAAACUGAUCUUUCUCCAGUGCGGCCGUCUUUCAGAGCUGCAGAGCAUGGUACAGAGAUUGUGUUUAGACGCUUUCAGUCCCGGAAUGCAAUGGCGGUAUUUGCAAAACGGGUUAUGAAAAGGGAGGGGCUUGAAAAUACUUCCUCCCCCCAAAAAAUGGUUCUACAGGAACAGUUUGGGAACCAGUCUAUGGUUGAGACAAACCUUGGUUUGAGACAUAAACAGUGGUUUGCUUUAGAAUCGCCACCAUAGACUGUAUAUAGAAUGAACGCCCUGGCUACACUACUGUGCAAAUGCAGGUUUCAAGAAAUGGCGAAAAUUCUCGAAAUAGCGAGAGCAAAUCGGCUUCAAAUUGGAACAAUGAUGAGAGGCAGAACCACGUUGUCUAUAGUAUAUACAGCGUAUGAUCGGCACACUCACUGAGGUGUUAUCAGGGAAGGAAAGGAGCCAGUAGACGUUCUUCCCAGCAUUUGAUUAGGAUGUCUCCUGGGCACCUUUCGUUGGAGGUUUUCAGGGCAAAUCAAACUGUUGGGAGAUCCCAGGAUAGACUCCGAACAGGCUGAACAGAUUAUACCUUUCAUUUGGCCUGGAAAAGUCUUAUUACUCUGCAGGAGGAGCUAGAAACUGUUUCUCAAAGAGUCUUUUUUUAAAGAGGUGAUGCGGAGAACAGAAGUCUUGACCUAAUUUUAGUGAGCUUUUGUUCCACUAUUAGCUCUUCAUGUACGGUUGAUCUCAAAGUUUAGUAAGUCAGUCUUUUGAAUGAGCUGAUGCAGAGAUCUGGAUUUUUUUUUUUAUUGGUUUUAAACUAAAUUGAUGUCUGGUACAUAUGAAAAACGUGUUUAUAGAUAGGAAAUCGGCUCCCAUGUGUCACUUUUAAAGGGAUAGUCCACUUUUAAAGUGAGAUCACGUGACAAACCUGUCAGUGGUAAGUGUUUUAGCAACAGGGUGUCCCUCUCAGCUUGGCCCCUCUGCUGAGAAAGCAGCGGGAGAACCAAAGAAGCUUCAAACAAGGCUAUCGACCUGCAGACAGGGUUGGCUGCUCAGCUGUAUGCGUGUUUACAUUCUACAGUCAUGUGACACACAGAUACAGACACUUCCUGUACAGCUAUCAACGAGGAGAUGGCAUUAUGUGAUUGCGAUGUUAAAAGGAUAUUCAUGCCUCAAUUCAGGGUAUAUGUAAGAUUUAGUUGGACAUUUUCAGAGCUUUACUAGCCGUCAGAAAGCCCACUUGUUUUUGCGAUAUUCUCAGGUGCAACACAAUCGCAUUUUUCUGCCUGCAGCUGGAGGGCCAGUACACUCAGUAUUGACAAGCACCCCCCACUUAAAAAAAAUGAAUCAUUCCUUUAAUGUAUCUCAGCGCUGAAGUCUUUGAAACAAAAACAUAUUGUUUCGGCUUUUAUGGGAUCUCACUAAAUGCACCUACAAAGUAAAAUGAGUCCAUCAGGUGCUGUUUUGAGGAAUGUGAAUGUAAAGAGAUUGUAACUGAGGUUUAACAGUCUUUUUCUCUGUUUGCACAGUAACAGUACAUGCUUUGCUUGUUUAUGGCCUCCAGUUAGAAUCUGAAAGUUAUAAUAAACUACAUCCUUGCGGGCCAAUCUUUCACGUAUUCAGUUUUUAGUUUCGGAAACCUGAUGUGGAUCCGCAUUGGUCAAAACGACACAAAAAAAUGCAUAAAUUAAAUGUGAACAGAUUUUUCUUUUUACUGCUCUGAGCCUAAACAGAGCCUGAAAUUCGUUAUGUUUGUUACUUCUGAUGAUCCAGGCUACAAUAUGUAGAUUAUGGGGAAAUUAUCAGAGGAUUUAACAACAGGGAGUCCUGACUGAAGGCUAUACUUAAAAUUCAUGGAACUGUUUUGAUGGUUUCUACACACAGCGUCUGCUAUUUUACUGUGUGACUUGCCAAAAGAGAAAUACAUCCCAAAUGUUUUUCAGUGUCAGGGGACGAAGUUAAAAGAGGGAGACACACACCUUGGGUAGGAUAGCGGUGCUUAUGAAGCUCAUACACCGAAGCUUCAGGAGAAUAACUCUCAGCUGGAGAUAAAGUAGGAGCCUGAGAACGAGUUUGUUAUCCCUGCCGUGUUCGUGCCGUGCUGUGGGCUCGCAUGCAGCCACAUCAUGCUUUUGCGCCAGAUUUAUGCGCCUGACACGUACUACAUGAUUUUUUUUCUUUUUUUUUUAUGAACAACAUGGUGACUAUUAGAGGUUUCACUAAUCCUAAGAAGCUUUUUUCUAAAAGAUGACACGAGCUUGUAUUUGGCUGUGGUGAAAAUCUGCUGGCAGUCACACGAGCCCAAAGGUCAUUUUCAGGGUUUGUUUACCCUGCAGGAACUCUGAGUGAAAUCUCUGUGUGGGAGUUUUUUCACGCCUGCAUAGAAGUUCAGUUUCUGCAUAUAGUCAGGUCAUCCUACAUAUAGCCUCAGAGCCUGAAUCUGAAGUUUCUCCAACUCUUAAAAACUUCUGUCUAUAAUGUCAUUGUCAACAUACCUGGACUCAGUUCUGCCCCUCCAAUCACCUCCUCUCUAAUGUCACGACUCUCACUUGUAAUGUCCUCUGGCAUCCUGGGAAUGGAUACUCUUUUUAAGGUAGUUUGAAAACAAUUAAACUAGGGCUGUAAAGUCCCAAUUGACUGGUCGACUUAUUGGUCGAUACACAUUGAGUCGACCAAAAUUCUGAUCGGUUGACUCGAUUUUUCACCGUCAAUUUACUGUCUAUGGUUAAUUGCAUCAAGAAGAACGUACCAAGUGCUAAUGGGGGUGUUUUCAGAGCACCCCUGGUUCACAGGUAACAGCCUGUCUCAGAAUAACCCCCUUGUUUUCACCAUUUUGGAUCCGCCCAACCAACUGGAGACCGGCUAGAGACAGGAAGGUUGAAGAGCAUCAACGUUAAUCAACGUCCGGUGGUUUGUUGAAUACAAUAUUUGUGUUUGAUUGCCUUCCUGUGCUGAUAUCAGUAUAUUUUCACCCCACAAGCUGCGCCAUUUCGAUUUUUGGUCGGAAAUUUCAGGGGUUUAGUCGACCAAGAAUUUCUAUGGUUGAUUACAGCCCUAAAUUGUACCAAGGAUACUUUUAUUUUGGUGAUUUUGAUUUAAUAGUAGAUGUAUUUGGAAUUAUCAACACUCUUUCUUCAAAUAGAGGCAGAAAGUUUUAGUUUUACUUUGGCUUGAUACCCAAGAUCACAAACAAAGUUGGUAGCCAGAUGGAGCUUUUAUGUAGACUGCCCACUCGAAACUAGUUUUACUAAUAAUCCCUAUCUUAGGACAUAAUUAUAGCCCUUGUUGGUGAUUCAUGAGAGAAGCUCGUGGCUUGUUUUGGGUUGUAUGUGAUCUCACAGUCCUCGAGGAAGUAAAUUCUCUCUAUGGUAAUGGGUUUUUCUCUUUCAUCAGUUGCCUGUUGAGAUGAUAUAUAGCUCUCUCAGAGAUUAGCAUCUUGCUCUUGGCAGGGCUGAUUGAUAGCUCUUCUGAGAUUGGCUGAAAACGGCUGCUGUAGGGAGAAUAUUCUGAAAUUUCAUAUAAGAGGCAAAAAGCAUUUAAACCAUCUGUCUGUCAAAUGAGUUCACAGCUUCAGCUGUGAAAAUUGUGAAUAUAUCUCGGGUUGCUUGUUGGAAUAGCGGUGUAAAAGCUAGUUUUUCUCAGCAGAAGUGUAACAGCCUCAGGACUGAUGGUGAAGCACUGAGCAGCUUCUAUUAUCAAGCAGCAGGCUCUUAUCCUGCUCAGAUUUCCACUGCACUGCUGAAGACAAACUCUGUGUUCCUCUUGAACGGCUCGUGCUGCUCUUUGUAGAUUAGUGACUAAAACAUUGAUAGCUUGGAGACCUGUUUGUCUUUCUGAAAACAUGCAGACAUCCAGCUGCUCUGCUGCCACACUCCUUUCACUGUACUCUCUCGGCUCAGUGUGGACUAACCUCUGCUUUUCAAACAUCAUGAAUCUUUUUCACUCUGAAGACACGGUUAUUAUAACUGACUUGCAGUGUUGUGUUUCCUCUCUGUCCUCGGCUAUUCACGUUUGGGAUAAUACAUUUGCAUACUGCUUGCCCUUCCUCGCUCCAGGAAGUGGAGCAGCAGCCUCUGAGCAUUCAUCAUUUACAUGACGUGGCCUAUAUUCAGAGGAGUGGAGAGGCCCGCCAGCAUCAGCACUUCCACUCAUCCACACUAAAACCAAACGUUUCCUGUAAAAGAGUGGUUUUACAUGCGAGGGGUCAUUCACAGUUUGAUACAAGGAACUGGAAACUAUCACAGGGGACUGAUUUUAAUCUGUCAAAGAGAAGUUCUCAAACAUAGAUUAUAUAGAUUUAAAAUAAUAGAAUCUGUAUUUGCAGGGCGAAACUCUGUUCUGAGAAUGUUCUUGGUUAGUUUGUUUAAAGUCUGAGUUAAAGUCAAACAUGGCUGCAGCUAUUGAAUAUUUUAGUAAUCGAGUAUUCUACCAAAUAUUCCAUUGGUUAAUCGAGUAAUUGACCCCAAGCAGCAGACUCAGAUACAGUGAGAUUUCCUACAUCACAAAUCCAAGCUCCGCCCCCAGAGCCCCACUAUGAGACUCAGAGAAAUCGAGAGGACAAUUGCAGAACAAGCGUGUGCGUUAGCAGAUUGCAGUGCUCGUAAGAAAGUCACUUGUCACUUUUACCACACCAGCAAUGCUAGGCUGCAUGAAGAGGAGAGUGCAGAGCAGCGCUGUCUCCGCCCACAACUCGAAGUGCGAAGUGCUAAUGAUCUACUGGAUCUCUGCUGAAGAAAAGCCCCUCUCAUCAUUCAUUUUUUCCGCUCUGCAAAACCAAAACCACGCUCACUCCUCCUUCUACCGUGGUGACGUAAGCGCAAUGUGUCACCUUGAAAAUAAUCUGUGCGAAACCGUGACAAUUUGAGUUUAUAAAUGAGUACUCAAUGCGGAGAAAUUUCCUUGACUUUUUUUUUUUUUUUUGUAAUUGAGGUACUCAAGGAAUCUUUUCAGCCCUUAAGUCAAAUUUACAGUGAAACUGAGACUCACUAAUAGAUAAACAAGAGCUCCUUCAGGGUGUUUGUUCUCAACCUUUUUGGGUCAUGGCCCCAUAAACAAUAUUGUUUUUUUAGGACCUUGGUAUUUCAAAAAUGUAGGGUCAGUGCUCUUUCUUUUUUUUUUUACUUCGUGCUUCACACCAUCACUCAGACUGUCAGGAACAGCUCACAUAAGAUGAAUUAUGCCCCUUAUACAAGUGAUUUGAUGAAAUAAAGUAAGAUGUGUUAUUUCAUGUCAUUAAUUCCCCCUCCUCAACCAUCUGGCGAUCUCAAGAAAUUAUCUCACUCUCUCGUGGGCGUCAGGACCCCCAAGCGAACCUCUGUUCCAGAGGAUGAAAUGAGCCAAGAAAUGGCAGCGUGAGUUUUACACCCAUAUCCGGAGGAGCAGAUCUGGCACCAUCGUUGGCACCGAACACACAGUCACUCUUCGAGUCGAGGACUAGACUGUAAACAAUACGGCUUAUGCAGAAGGAAGCCUUUGCUGGAAGUCAUUUUUCAGUCAGCGCAGACUUGAAUCUGUAAAGUUAUGACAAUCUUAAUAAAAUGUGGACUGAAAAAAACUGAAAUAACACUAAAGCCAUGGACAUUUAUUAAAGCUGAUAAGUAGUCAGAUUUAAUUAGUCAACGUUAGUGAGAGCAGUGAAUAGAAAAUAAUUAAAACUCUCCUAUAAAAACUGUCAUUUCUUGACAUAUUAACCCCUGAGACAAGUAUCUCACAAUCAUACAAAAGACUUAAGUUUUUCCCCUUUUUUUCUUUUAUCAUUUUUAAUUAAAUUUAUUUUGGUUUUAUUUAUUUAAUGACAGAUUCUCCAAAGUUCAACUCUUAUUUUCUCAAUCAGGUUUUCUUUUUGUAUUCAUCAUCUGAAUAAGUCCUUUUUUUUUCUCCUUCAAGUGUCUGAAAUAUUCAAGAAUUCGUCUGAGUUCAGGGUUAUUUCUUGAAUAAACUUGUUUUUUUUCUUCUAUCAGACAUAUUGAAUAAUAAAAUAAAAUUCAUACUUGAAUGUGAUUUUUCUAAAAUUCUUAACUUGACACACUGAGUUAUUGAGGAGGUGAGAGGUGUACAGUAAUGUGACCCUCGCCUCGAGUGUUGAUCUGCCUUCUUCUUGAACCUGAUUCAUAAGUUCCUCCUCACAGCGCCGGAGAAAAAGAACUCAUUCAAAAGUCCUCUGUUAUUGUAGCAGAGGACUCGCAGGGAAGGACUAAAAAUUUCAGUAGUUUUUCAUCCUGUCUUGACAUUAAAUCCAAACAUACCCUUGUCCUGCUCAGACUGUUCCUGCCCUCGACUGUCUUUGUCUCACCAGGACAGAUGUUUUUUUUAGGAGGGAGGAUAAUGUGUCUCUGUCCUGCAGCUUUGUAAGCCAGCCCUGCAGUCUACAGUCAGCUCAGCCGGCCUCUGUCUGCUCCGCUGGCUGAGCUCAGGCUGCAGUGACUCGCUUGGACCCCUGGAGAGGCUGUGAGGUUCUGCUUAUGCUCCAGGAAACAAGGCCUGGGGAUGUAUGACACAGCCAGAGCUUAGUUUUUCUGUCCUGGAACACUUUCACCAAAGCUGUACGCCUGAGACAGCAUUUUUUUGAAGCUCUGCUUUUUGUUUCUUUUUUCAAGUUUUUGGUGUGAUAGCCACUUCCUCUCUUCCUCCUCCUCUCUGCACUGUGUGUCAGAGAAAAGGGGAAUAUCACACCAAACAGACAGGUGACACAUUUUUCUGAUCUUAUUGGCCUGCAGCUUAUCAUAACUUUGCUAAAACACAUCAGUACGACUUGUAUAAAACACGGAGACACAUUUUGAAGGGCUGCAUGUUUACACAAUGUGCAGCUUUCCCAGAGGUCUUUGCUCUGCAGGUUCAGUUGAGUGACACUGCCUUUAAAAACAACAUGUCAGAGGAAGAAAACCUCAAAACACAAAAAAAACGUUCCCCCAGGCUGCUCUCAGUUUGGCAGAGAGGGCUGUGAAGUUACAUGCCUUUGUGUACCUGUGAGACAGCCGCAGUGUGUAGACAUCUCAUUAAACAUAACGCUAUAAUGAAACAAACUUUAGAAACUGUCUUGUUACAAAGAUAUGUUUAUUUAGUUGCUUAUUCCAGCGCAUUUUUGUAACACAGUGCAACAGUGAGAUUGCAAACUGCUAUUAAAUAACCAAAGAAGAAGAAAACAGGCGUGCCAGCGACCUGUAAAAUGAGCAAGAGUGCUUUGAGAUGAAGAGUUUAAUGUAGACCUUCAAAAAAAAGAUAAAAAUAAGGUAAUGGUCAAACACUGUCAGGUAAAAUAGUGUAAGUAAACAAUUUUUUAUGUUAGAGAUGGGAUUUUUGGCUCUUUGUGGGGAGAAGAAUCUUUCAAAGAGCCGUUCAAAAGAGACUAUUUAUUUUCUAGAAGUCAACCAGGGGUAGUGCUGGACGAUAAUUCGAUAACAAUAUAUAUCGAUCGAUAGACGUGUGGUGCGAUAGAAAAAAAACGGGUCGAUAAAAAGUUCGAUAGAAAAACACAGUUUCCCUUUCUUUUUCAUCAUAGCCUAUCAUGUAGCUUUUACUACAGUCAUUACUUCCUCCCAACCAAUCACAAACGCAGACCCAGGUACGCUACCGCACCAAGCCCAGCCCCUAUCAAACCACAACAGACAGCACGUGUAUUAGAAAAAAUGAUACAGCAAGGAGAAGCGGAGGACAUUGUCCCGAAAAAAGGUUUCAGUAGUUCACCAGCAUGGCAAUGUUUUGGUUUUUGGAAGUCUGACAAAAAGCGACCAGCGGUCGUUUGCAAAAUUUGCAGAGAAUUAGUAAAAACCAAGUCUGGUAACACGACCAACUUGUUUUAUCAUCUAAACCGAUCGCACCCGCAGGAGUACGAGCUGUGUCGGCCGCGCCGCGGCUCCACGUCAUCGUCGGAGGAAUCCUCUGGAACCGCUGCCAGCACCAGCACAAAGCAUGUGAAGCAGACCAAACUGGACUUCGUUUCUUGCCAAAAUACGACAAAGCGUCCGAGCGGCAUAAGGACAUCACCCAUGCAGUAACAUGCUCCAUAGCGAGGGACAUACUGCCAAUAACUACCGUUGAAAAGCCUGGCUUCGACCAGCUUCUAGCCACUCUCGACCCGCGAUAUGAAGUGCCCGGCCGCAAGUAUUUCUUAAACACAGCGCUUCAGGCAUGAAAAUGGGUCAGGGGUUGAAAAGGUGAGAAGGGAGCGGAGGAAAUACAUUUCCGUCCACUCAUUAGCUUCUUAAAGUGGAAGAAAAUGAGCUCAUAUUUUACAAAGACGCGAGUAUUUGGAUCAUGGCUACUAGCAGGGGGUGCAUUCGGCAUGGGUGCAUUCUACGACACAACACCGGCGUGGAUAAGUCCUGCUUCUCGUGCUUAGUUUGUGUAUUAAGUCAAUCACAUGAUAAUUAAAAAAAAUAAAUCUCCCGACCCCGGGAGAAAUAUUUCAGUGUUCAGACACCAGGCUGUGGGCAGUUUCCCACACAGUUAAAACUGGUAGUAUGCUAUUCCCACCUAAAGCUAUUCUGUUUAUUUAUAUAUUUGUUUGUUUUGUUUAUUUUAAUCAAAAGACUAUUUAAAUAUUUAUUUAUCAGAUUUUCUGGUCACUUUAGUCUUUAUGUUUGUCAGUAUUUACUGACGUCACUCAGGCCACUUAAGUUGAUUUCUUUUUUUUUUAGUUCUUUUUUAAAAAACUUUCAGUUGUGGUAAAAUAAAAAAGGUGGUUAAAUAAAGGUUUGAAUUUGAAUUCAGUGCUUGUGUGUUCUUUAUUAAAAGUAGGUCAAUAGCAUAAAACAUCCAGGGCUGCAAUUAAAAUAUAUGUUAAAUAAUUAUAAUAAUUAUAUCGAUAAUUAUCGAUAUCGAUCAAUAUGAUUUAUUUUUUAUCGAUAUGCUUUUUUCCUAUAUCGUCCAGGCCUAACCAGGGGUACACACGGGUGGGAAUUAUUCCAUAUUAUUGAUUUUAAUUUUAUUUGGCAUGUGUUUUCACUGUAAACACUCCCUAAGGUGGUGCCAUGUCCCCAUGCUUUGACAGUGAGAUCACUGUUUUGAAUUUUUCCCUCAUCUAAAACAAACUUUGUGGCACAAUAAAAACAAUGAAGGCUACAGAUAACUGAUAACAACCUGGUGUUUGGGGCACACAAGUGAUAUGUGAAGGCAGCACGGAAAAUUUGCAAAUGAGAACAGCUCGCAAACGAACGGCUCGUUGCUGCGAACCAGUUCUCUCUUACUUAGAAGAGCCCCUAAAAGGACUGAGUCGUUCGUGAACAUCACAUCUUUAAUUCAUGUUGUACCACCAUAUUAACCACAUGUAUGAACAGUCAUGGGUCUCUUCUAGGGAUGGGCGAUAUAGACUAAAAAAUUUAUCAUAAGUUUUGCUAUUCUGGCGAUAACGAGAAAAGUCCAGAUAAAAAUAUUAUAAUUCCAAUCUAUGUUUUUGACUCAUUCUGUCUUGAGAACACCAGUUGGCAUAGUCAAAGAAGAUACUUAACCACAAGUUUAAGUGGUCAGUUACGGAAAAAACUAGUAAAUGUGAAAACUCUUUAAACAUUUAUUGAAAACUCUUAUUGCACAGAGCGAGCAGAUCCUCUGUCCAGUGUCAGGCGAACCUGACUGCGCUUGUCUAAACCCCAAUCUUGAAGGAAAUUCUUAAUGUGGAGCCUCGUUAAGCAGAGACGUCUUCUUCAUUACCUUCAGCCAUGUUUGUUUGUUAUUCUGUUCUUUGUGGGCUAUGGCAGCGAGUCCAUCGUUCGCGUGUACGUCAUCAACUUGCAUUUAUUGCGUUUAUCGUAAGAUGGCAAAUAUUUAUUGUGAAAGAUAAUUUCUCGCCCAUCCCGCGUCUCUUCUUUCGUCAAAGUCUGCCUUUGUGGAGAUGAGUCUACAUUUGUGUAUGAGUACACAUUAAGUUACUUUUGCUUGAUAUGCCGACCCCUAAUCAUGAGCAUAAUAUUCCAUUCAUGUCACAUAUACUACGAGCGGCAAAUAAGAGAGGAAAAAGCAAUUUAAAAUACAGUUGUUGUUUUUUUUACUUUCAUAUUUUUAUAUCUUUCAAAAAACUUCUGUUGAUCCUCAGUGUUUCUAUGGCUACAAACCAAUCUUGUUAUUAUAAAGGCUGCAAGGCUCAUCCCCUAUAGAAAAGAAGAACUCAUAAUUUAAUAAUGAUGAGCAGAUAGAUGAAAUUUCAGUCUUACAUUUAGAUCAUGCAAUAAUAACAUUUACCAUCACACAACCUUGGGGUGAAUCUACUCUUAGGCGACUUCCUCGGCUAAAAGCAUUUUUGGUUUUUAAGCUCACACUCGAGUGUAAAGAGCCUGAAAGAGUCUUUGUACACAAACUUAUGUUCAGGGAUGUCUGAUUCGUCAUGGGAUUGCUGCCUCACCAGUGCGCGUACUUCCUUUGUCGUAUUUCAGCCGGUAGCCUUGAACUGACAGUGUGUUUGUCGCCCCUGUGACUCUGUACCUCAGUGAGGACGCCAUAUUUCAAACCCAGUUCAUGUACGAGCAGAACAGACCCAUAAAGCUUACAGCCGUGCAGCAGCGUGAUCACUGUUAUGUUACUGGCUGGUAUCCUGUUUUCCCAGCCUGACAGAAUUACACCUUCAGCUCGCCUGAGGUUACGCCAAACUCAAAGUCUCCUGCAGCACAGCGAGUUAUCAAGGGCUGUGCCGUGUGUAAUGAUAAACAGAUGAGACUGAUCCUACGCUAAUUAUAAGCCUAUGAAGCCCAUUAGCUUCUGUUAGCUGUUCAGAUAGAUGAUGAGGUGCAAUACCUUCAUGAUUAUGGGUUUUUCUAUGUGAAUGAAAUCACUGUAAACCAGUUUUGUCUGUGUCUGUGUGUGAGUGCAAAAUUCUCCACCCGGAAGGCUUUUUAUUAUUCAUGCUGUGACACCGCAUUUUGUUUUGUUCGCCACUUCAUCGAGCUGACAGUUUGAAGCCAAUAACGCUCUUUAAAUCCUGAACGAGCUGCCGAAUGUAAUCGAGCUCACAGCUGUAAGAAAAGUGCAAGGGACUUUUGAGCUGUGAGCACAUUAUCACAAAAAAUCAGGCUGGUACUCUAUAAUUCGAUCCAUUUAUUUGCUUGUAAAUAUCCGCCAGAGCUGCUAACAUGACAGGAGAGGAAGAGGAAAGAAGAGGAUGACAGCAGGAUGAAAUGAGUUUUAGAUUUAUAAUCCUCCAGCCGUGACCCCCAUUUCCUGCGUUUUGACGUCUCGGGGAAAUGUCAUGUCAGACUUGCGUUGGCCAGAUGAGACGGACAGGAGUGUGACACCUCUUCACAUGACAAAACCACACUCGCCCUCGCGCUUUGUGCUCAUGCAGACCUCCCCGUCACAGUCCCCGCUGAUACCAGCAUUCAUUCACCUGCGGUUUUUGUUUUCGUUUUGUCUUGUAAAAAUGAUUUUCUAACCGUCACGCUCGUCUUUCCUCUGGGGAGAGAAUCACAUUUAAUUCCGAUCCCUAAUUCCUCGCCCAUGUGUGGCAACCGACACUACAGCUGUGCCUGUUUUCUCUGUUUCAGCACAAAUCUCCAUCUGUAAGAUGCUCAAAGGACAGUUUUUGCUUCCAGGAAGAUUAAAGAGGAUUAUGUAAUUGCACGUUAUGGAGGAGCUUUUAGGGCCUCGGAGUGUGUAAAGAUGAUUUCACCAGAGUUGGUUUUUGCCGUCUUACACUCAUCUUAAGCAGUGAUUCCAUAUAACUUCAGGGACGAGUCCUUUUUUUGUGAUGAGAAGUGAUGGAAAUGCGAAGUUUUUCACCCCCAAAACUUCCCGAAUGUUUGUUGAAAGGAACCCUCUGCAGAGGAUUUCAGUGUUGAGCACUGGCGUGAGAGCACUAACAGCUAAAGUUGCCCUUGUUUGCCCAGUCGGUCAGACUGUGUGCAGCAGGGGAGAGUGAAGGAGCAUGUUUUCUCUGCCAGUCUGUCAGUGUGCGUCUGUCUCAGCAUGUGGGAGCAGCCUUUGACCUGCUGCAGAAGAGCGUGUAGCGCUGAGGCGGAGGAGAGCCAUGCCGCACUCCUUAUCAUUAGCAUGGAGAGUCACGCUCUCCCUCUGCACCAGCCAUUGUUUUUCCACCGUUUCUGUCUUUGAGAAGAAACAACCUUCAUCUACAACAGCCCACAUUUGCUCUUUUUUUUUGCUGAAUUUUUUUCUGAUAAUUGGGGUCGAGGUCUUUCUUACACAUUAAAAAAUGGCACAUGGCUCGUUCUAUUCCCCCGUCAGCUGAUAUAUUAACCUUUUUCCUCGCGCUCUAGUUGCUUAAAUUAUUAUGUAUUGAUGUCACCGGAGAUCUGUUCAGGUUUUUAUUUCCGCCCGGUAGCAGAGUGAUGGCUGUUUUCUUGGCCCCACUAAGCUGACAGUUCCAUUUGGUGGAUUUCUGCUGGUGUUCAGAGAAGGUGACACACAGGUUAUAUGAGAAGAGAGACCAGCAGCAGGGGUGGCUUAACGGGGGGUUUGAAAUAAAUUAGGCUUGUGCCAUUUUGUUCCCUUUGAUUCAAUUUUUCAUUUCCCUCUGAAUCCAAGCAAAUGAAAGGAAGGAGGAAGAUGGAUUUUUACUAUCGCGUCGACUCUGUAUUCUCAUUUUGUGCGUGAGGUUUUGUCCGCCGCACAGUUGGCGUUUAAUUCAGAGCUGUUUCGUGUAGCACAGUUUGUAUUCUUGGCUUGUUUUGACUUCAGGAUGUGAUGGCUUACUUUCCUGAUCCACGGCUAAAAUCACACUGAGCGUAAUGGUUGGUUUGCUUAGUUAAAAGUGCAUACCUGGUUCAUGCUUGGAUCAGAAUACCUUUAAGUUCUUGAAAGUUAGGCCCAUGGUGCAUAUCUUUUUGAUUUAAAAUGUCUUUUUUUGUCGCUAUUCAUCAUAAAAAAAAAUUGUUUUGUACUUUACUUACAGAUGCAGAAGAGUUUUAGGAUGGUGGAUGAGGACAAAACAGUUAAAUACAAGUGCAUAUGUAUUCUGUGUGGAAACUCCCUUUUUAAACCUGCACCCUUUUUCUGCUUUUUCACACGGUUUGCUUUCAUCCAGUUGUUUUUGUGUCUUUUGCGAUGAUAGUUUUCAGUAGAAACAUUGCGGAUGGCAAUUUUCUGUCAUUACAGGCGCUGGUUUAGACCUGUGGUGGGAUCAUGUGCCUCACACAAAAGGGUUUAGAGGCUCGGGGGCUGUAUCCUGAGAUGUCCCCUUCUGUCUGAACAUUAGCCAGUUUUUUUCCAUCAAUAAAAAGGGAAAAAUGGCUGAAAAAAAUCUCCAGAAAGAUCCUUUUGUUAAGCCAUAAAGGGUUCAGAGUAAAAUGACUCUGUCUUACUUCCAAAUAAUCAACCAAAGACAUUCUUGGUCGACUAAAACCCUGAAUUUUUCAACCAAAAAUUGACUAACCCCGGAUUUUUUACGCAUCCAGAACGGCUGCGAUUUUCCCCGUACACCAAUUCCUACCGGCAAAUUUCAUGGUGCGUUCGGGUAACCCUGGAAGUCAGAUGUCUGAGCUGGGAAUGACGUCACGCCGAGUUCCCAGUGUUUCAGUUACAAAGUCGGAAAAAAGCAAAAUCGGAAGCAGAAACAAGAUUGCCAUAUCUACGAAAGGGGAUGCUAAAAUAACUUAAAAUAACAAAAUAAAAAGCACUAAAAUAACUUUCGUAGAUGUAGCCAUCUUGUUUCCGCCUCCAAUUUUGCUUUUUUUCCGACUUGGUAACUGAAACGCUGGUAACUCGGGCGUGACGUCAUUCCCAGCUCAGACAUCUGACUUCCAAGGUAACUUGAACGCAGCAUAACCAUAGACUGUAAAUUGAAACAGAAAAAAAUCGAGUCGACCUAUCACAUUUUUAGUUGAUUCAGCACAUAUCGACCAAUAAAUCGACCAGUCGACUAGGACUUUACAGCCCUAAUCUAAAUUCUUUAAAAUGGUGUAAUACUAAGCUCAAAAGAGUAACUACAGUUAAAUAAUUUCAGAAUUAUUUUGUCAAAGCUGUUAAAUGAGUUUGCAGUGCAUUAAAAUGAAUACGUCCCCAUUAUAAGAGUUUGUCUGCUGAACCACUCCUGUCCUAAAAGCUAAAUCUGAGAGCUCCGGUGUUGUUGGCUCACAGGACGGCUGCGUAAAAACUCUGCACUAUUCGUGACAGCAGCCAUCCCAGACAGCCCCCACAGAGCCUCCCUCCUGCCUUGGGGAGACUUGGAGGUGGCUGAGCGGUGCAGGUUCUGCCAGCGUGUGCCUGACUAAAGAUGAGACCCAGUUUUUCUCUGACACAGCUCAACAUCUCCAGAGAUUUUAUUUUAUCUCUUUUUUUAUCCCUCUCUCCAUCUGCCUUGCUUGUUUUGUAGCCGAGGCUUAAAUCUUUGCUGCCUUGUGCGCAAGCAAAGAGCUUUCACACAAAUAAAACAAUUAGAAUAAAUAUAAUAGAACUCGAUCUUGCAGAAGCAUGUCUGCUAUAAUAAAUUGCAUUUGCUUUUUGUUAUGGGGAGUGUUUUUGCAGUCGUCCUUAAGUAUAGGAGACAGUGAGGGCUUCACAGUCAAGGAUCAAAUACUUUGUUCUCUGGAUUUUAUAUUUCUGUUAAACUGACCGGUUGUUUGCUGUUGUUUUGUUGCAUUGCAGAGGGAGAUGAAAGAGCAGCUGGCCACCCUGCAGGACAGUGAGAAGGGACACACUGAAGCCCUGCAGCUCCUACAGAGACAACUUACAGAGACCAAGGUACUGCAAUAAAAACAUCAAAAUAAAACCACUUUUCUUAUAUUGAUAUCUCCACCAGCAGGAAUGAUCUAGUUGUGUGUGGCUGCAUGCUUUCAUUAAUUAUCUGUAGCUUGCAGAAUAUGCGAAAUGACAAAAGUUGGCCGCUCUAGCAGGUUGAAUCAUUCUUUAUUUACUCUCUAAAGAUGGUUUACAAAAGAAAAGGCAGAAAAACUGUUCUUUUGUUUGGCUGAAAAUAAGCCCUCUUGAGCCUUUUUGCUGCAUAAACAGGUUAUAAUUGAUUAGGUAAUCAACUAAUUGUUUCUGCACAAAUUGCAACUCAAGCCGAAUGCUUUAAUGAUCAUUUAGUUAAACUGAAACAGGGAUUAAAAACAAUUAUCAGCUCGAUUGUCCUCUUUGUCUUUUAGUAAAAUAUGAGCAAUAAAUUAACGUCAUCUGGAUUUCUUAAAGACUUGAAAUCCCUUUGGAUGUUUUGUGGGAUGAUAAUUUUCAUUUCCAAAGACUCUUAACUGAUAUGAUUGGUCAGUUCUGAAAAUGACUCUUUUCUUCCAGUAGAAAAAUCUCUUUAUCGACUCGUUUGUCAGCUCUAAUCUUUUGGUUUUGUUUUCUCAGAAUUAACAGGAUUUUGGAAUUAUCAUCACCAUCAUAAAAAUGAGUGAUUUUGAUUUGAUGAGUAAGAAAAGACUCACUAACAAAUGAAACUGGGAGUCGGUUAUAACAGACUGUGCGGAUAUUUAAAGAAAUGACUCUUUAAAAGCCAAUUAGACACCGCGCGACUUCUUUAAUUAAAUCAAGUCAUUAUAAAAAUAUUAACCAUCGUGUCGACGGUGUUUAACAUCUGCUCUCUGUAGCCUCUGAUUAUCCAUUUUUUCCACCGGACUGACCAGCAUCGACAUCUACACCCCCUCAAGUAAAUGGGUCUAUUGAGCUGUUUAAUCUCAGCACCUUGUUUUAAUCAGCAAACCAUGAGCAUCCACUCAAUGUUUCAGUCCCUGAACCUCCCACACGCACCAACCCAUCUCCUCCGUCUCCUGUAGAGACAUCAGAUCUAUCGACCAGGGAGGGGUCUUUGGCAGAGACGAUGUCGCAGCCAUCAGCGUUAUCUGUCAUUGAGGGGACACAUUCUCCUUUCGCUUGUUUUUGUACCUGCUGUCCAAUGUCACAGCAUCGCUCAUUUUUCUCUCUACGCCGUGCACCGCCGGGGAGAGCGACCCUGUCCAUUUCAGGCUGUGUAUCGACUCACACAGACUGCUAGAUACAGGCCUUUCAGCUGCCCCGACUCCUCACGAGAAAUGGGCCGAUCUCAUUAGAUUUACAUCCAUUUGCACAGAGCAGAACUCUGACUGGAAGAGAGCCACGCUGUGACCUCAUUGAUCUCUGAUGCAUUUAGGUAGCUGACAAUGAAAUGUCUCCUCCUAGCUCUUCAUUUUGCUUCAUUUAAGCUGACCUGAUUUUUUUUCUUCUGCUUUGUCUUGACUUUUUUGUUUGUCGAAAGACUCCUCCGUGUACGUUUGCAGGCUUUUAACUUUACAAAACUUCCAGCAAACAGAGAAAUAAACACAGAUGAGGCAGAACUUGAAAAUAGAUUUGAUAUUUUCAUCUGCCCUGUUAAAACUUAGCUCAAACGAGGGCUGGGUGAUAUGGCCUCAAAUAAAUAUCACAAUAUAUUGAUCAGCUCACCUCGAUAAUGAUAAAUGGACGAUAACUACUCCACAAGCUGAUCACCCCCUCCCACAUUAACUUCAUCUACUUCAGCCGCUACAACACUCAAACCGUCCUCCAUCUCCUCACCUGUCUUUCCCUCUUUGUUACGGACUGAAUGGGGUGGAGUCACGCCUCUGACGUAGAACAGUGUCUUAAAGGGACGUGAGACCAUAGCCUACCUACGCACAUCCAAAACCAACUUUUAUUUAUUUAUCUUUUUGACAGCGAAUAUACUAGGGACGUGCAUUUCAAGCAAAAUUACUUUUCGAUAGUUGCGGGGUAAUACUGAUUAUUAAUCGAAUAUUCAGACCCCAACAUCACCACCUCCACCACCAGCGGGAAAAACAGAAAGAGAUCCACAAUUAUCAUAACUCUGUCUUUUUAUUUUGACAGUGAUGAAAUUCACAGUACAACAUUAUAGAACUGUUACAUUGUUUAACCUCAUUACACACACAGGAUAUAAUUAUCAAAUUUGCCACCUCCUUUAUAAACCGUUUUAUAUAAACUUAUUUUAGUGCUUGCCUUGUCUGAACGUAAGGCAAGCGCUGAAAUAACUUUCGUAGAUGUAGCCAUCUUGUUUCAAGCCUCUGAUUUUGCUUUUUUCCGACUUUGUAACUAAAACGCUGGUUACUCCGGUGUGACGUCAUUUUCAGCUCUGACAUCUGACUUCCGAGGUAACUCGAACGCAGCAUUAGAUUUCUGUUAAGUCUGCUUCUGUCUGACUUCAAACCCUGAAUUUCAACCGACUCAGACUCAAGUGACUUUCCCUUUAUGAUCCGUCAGUUUUUGAGGAGUGGUUGCUUUAGCCUUGCGCUCAUUCUCGCUGAAUACACCUGUUCUGUGCUCCAAUUUGAGCCCUUUGCCUCGUGUGUGUCUCAUACACGCUGUGUCCUAUUCACAUGCCCACCAGGGAUUCACUUCAUAAUCACAUGCUUCCCUGAGAGGUAUCCAGCCCCCCUGUCUCCAAGGGCUGCAGACUCCCUCUCGAUGCCAUCACAGCCUGCUGAGCCAAAGCUGCAGACACGUCACUAGAUGACUGAUAUUUUAGCUGCUGCAGUCCUCCUCCUCCUCCUUCUCCUCCUCCAUACCAUCAAAUUUCAGCUCUUAGCUUGGCAGGAGGGCUGGGAUACAGCCUACUUUAAUGUCAUAGUUAGCAUACUUGCAGGAAUAAUGUCUGCAGAAUUGGUUCCCACCAGCAGAGCGAGAAUACCUGCCCCCCCUGGAAGAACAAGUGGAAACAGUCCUGCUGCGUAAUUAAAGCUCAGAUCACAGAUCUGAAGCCCAGAUGCUCCUGAAGACAUCAGAGGAGUGAUUUGAAUUUUCAGCAGCAAAAUCACACGUUUCCUCCGAGUCGUUUUGAUAAAUGCAGUGAUUCAGACUUGAUUGAUUUUCUUUUUCUUUGAGCUUUCAAGAGCAGAUGUCUAAAUUCUUUUCUUCAGUAUAAAAGAGUGAAAUGAUGACAGACAGGGAAGCUCUCAAUAAACUGUCUGAACGAAGUCCGGUCUUUCAAGCAAGCGGCCGCCUCGCCUCGCCUCUCUGUGCGAGUUUUGCAGGGUUUUCACAUCACACUCCUUUGUUCUGCGCCUCUGACGACUGCUAACACUCAGAUGAUUCAUUCCCUUUGAAGUCCAGUUCCCAUCUUUCCUCUUCAGCUACAAAUCAGUUUCUUUAACCCUGCAGCUCCCAGUCCAAACAGCUCGGCUCUGUCUGUAAUAGCUUCGGCACGGCUUCCUGACUUGUUAUCAGAUGACCUCACACAGAGAGAGGUCAGGGCGUCUUUUAAAACCUCCUUCUGGGUGUCUUCUGGGUUAGACUCUGAGUGGACUUUUGAUAAACGGCCCCAAGAAACGAUUGUCGCUCAAAUCACUUCCUCUGAUUGUUAUUUUUUUAAUUGAAAAUCUAAUCCUGCUGAUUUUAUAUAUGUGUCAUUAAAUAGUGUUUCCCCAAUGUUCAUAAUUACAUGCACCGCUUCUGAAAUUUUACAUGAUCAUUAAUAUCAAUGUGCCACUAAUGAUUUCUACUCGCACUGUAUGAGCUCAGCAACACGCAAAAGUUAUUUUUGACUUGUUUUGAGUCAUCAACGUGUGCAUCAAAUCCUGUCGGACCCUCUUCCAUCAACAUGAAAGCUAACGUUCAAGCUUACACACGGUCUAUAGAGCGAGUAGCAUUUAUAGCAUUAGUAGCAUUAAUAUCAAUGCUCCAUGAAUGAUUUCUACUCGCACUGUGUGAGCACAACAACACACAACGUUAUUUCCGACUUGUGUUGAGUUCUUAAUGAGCGCAUCAAAUUCUGUUGGACCCUCCACCAUAAACGUAAAGGGUAACAUACAGGGUUGUACACAGUCUAUAUAGCGAGUAGCGCAAAAAACUUAAUGUGAAAGCGUGGCUCCUUGAGCGUCCGCUGCUGAAAAAAAUUCUUGGGGAAACACUGUUAAAUGUGAGUAUUUAAUCAAAACAGGGCCACAGAUCAUGUCUUUGGUGGUCCUUUUUGCUUUAGGAUAGCAUAAAAAGGCAUUAAUAUGAACUUCAAUCGAAUUUGUGGAUGUCAAAAAACUCCCCAUUGGAGCUUUAAAUACAAGAGAUUUUUUUUUGUUUUUCACAAGGUCUAGAGGUCUAAAUGUUGCCUUCGUAAUGCUUCUGUAAUCCAGCAUUAAGUUCAAACUAAGACUUCUUUGUCACAAACCAGGCUCGAGUGUAGAGGUGACAGGACUUUUUCAGCGGUUGCCCCCAGACUGUGGAACAGUUUACCUGACCGUAUUAGAGCCUCACAGACUUUUAGAUUCUUUUAAAUCAUCUUUAAAGACCCACCUUUCUCCGUUGCAUUUGAUAAAUGAGCACACAGGAAUCAUAGGCACUGUAGCUUUUAUUCUUUUACUGUCUAUAUUUUAUUCUACUGUUUUAAUUGUAUUUUUUAUUGUUAUCUAUCGGUUUAUUUACAUGUACAGCACUUUGUUUGGCUGCUGUCUUUUAAAGGUGCUUUAUAAAUAAACUUUGACUUGACUUGACAAAAUCACAAAAGUUCCUAUUUAGGAGAUAGAGGUAGGGGUGUCCUGAUCCAACUUUUUGACUUCCGAUACGAUACCGAUAUUGUUGCCUUCAAUAUUGGCCGAUACAGAUAUUGAUUCAAUAUUGGCUCAGAAUUGUGCAUGGCAAGUUUUUCACUCAGCUGCAACAUCUUUUUCAGACUUCAACAAAAAAUACUGCCACAACACCAGUGGCGAUUGCUCUAAGACUGCAAGGGAAGCUCGGCUUCCCUUAAAAUGUCACCCCCCAAAAAAAAGAAAAAGUGGUGAAAUACGUACGGCUGUGUGUACAUUUCAUUAACUAAAUACGCACUAGAAAGCCUUCAUCUUUUGUUCAGACACUGUGAUAAGAAGCUGAUAAUCACAGGUAACCGGCAUAACUUCGUUCUCAUUCAUCCUCGCAGCGCCUCAGCGCUUUAAACAGUCGGACGCUGGGCUUCUGCUGACUUCAAUGUGGAAGCUCAAAGUGGGUUGUUCCAGCAGCGAAACUAGACGGUCAUUGGAUAAAUGCUGGGCUUUGUCCCACCCAUCGGAAGCCCAGCUUCACUGGAGUUCUAUGGCGAGAGGGCGGUCCCGACUUUCUCCCGGACUCCGAGCUUCUGCAUCCAUGAUUGGAUGAGCUGUCUGAGGCAAAAUCCUUUUUUGAUUGACAGCUAAACAAGCGAAUCAGCGAUCUUGAAGAAUAAAACAUCUACCAGAGCAUUUUCCAAGUUAUUCAUUCCGUUGUUCUUCACUGCUCCAGAGACUUUACCGAUCCUCAGCGACUUUUGUAUUUGUUAAAAACGACUGCUGUUGUGUUUGGCGACUCUGUUCUGUUACAUACUAAUAAACAAAUACAAUUAUGAUGUAGGCCAGAAAAAUGAGCUUCCCCUCCUUGAAAGACCAGCAGCCGCCACUGCACAACACCAACAUCACUCUUACUCCUUGGUACUUUGUUCGUACCUUAGUAGACACUGUUGUUGUGAUUACGUGGGCUCUGCUCAUAUCGGUUCGAUAUCCAAUAUCAAUAUUGUAUCAGGACACCCCUGGAUAGAACCAGCAACAUUAUUGCAUUGAUAAUUCUAAUAUUUAGCAUUCAAUCUGCUUUGUAUGUACCAUCAAGCAAUUCAUUUUUUUAGCAGCUCAUCUUGUAUGACUCUUAAAGCUGCUUAUUUUCUCAGUGGAAGACUGUUUUUGUCUUAGAGUCACUUUUAAAUCAAUACAUGCCCAAGCUUAAUCAAUUAAUGAAUGUUAAUGUAAUAUGAACACAAUUUAGAGCACUUUAUAAGUCCUUGAAUUACUGACCCACGUCUAAUUAAGAGUCAGGCCCCUGGGACUGGAAAAAAAACUCUUCACAAAGUCUUCUUCACAUGCGGCUAACAUCAGUUAUUAAUGUCCCAGCUGAGGAUUCUCUUAAGUAAACCUCUUAUUUUUUUCUCCCUCUGUCUCUUCAGUCCUCAGCUAAGAGUCUGCGGGCAACCAUCGGCGAUGCGUUCGAGCGCCUUCACCGCUUCCUGCGGGAGCGUCAGAAGAGCAUGCUGGAGGAGCUGGAGAUGGACACAGCUCGUAAGCUGGCGGACAUUGAGCACAAGAUCCAGCGCUACAGCCAGCAGCUGCGUGAUGUCAAGGAGGGUAUCCAGAUCCUGCAGGAGCGCCUCAACGAGUCGGGGCGACACGACUUCCUGGAGGGAGUGGCCAUCACAUCUGAGAGGUGCAAAAGACGUUCCUGCAUCAUCAACGAGAAUGUCAUGACUCUUUAUUUACUUUGCUCACACGUUUUCUCCUCACGCUAAAACUGAAAGAGGAAGAUUGGAGUAACAGCAUCAUCUAAUCCCUGAACAGAUGGUGAAUUAGGUCUAAAGGAAAGCAGCAGUAAUGUUUAAUCAGGGUUGAGGUACUUAAGGACAAAUGAGUGGGGGUACUUGAGGACGAUUUAAUUGAACAGUUUAAUAUCUAUGAGCGGAUUAAUGAAGCUGAAUGAAGAACUGGUGAGGGUGUCACAAUCGAGCACAAUGUCACCACCACAAUUUUACUUCAUGUUAAAUGUUGGUUGAUAUGAAAUUAUAGAUAUAAAGAUAAUGAGUCAAGUAUUUAAACAAUGAUGUUUCACACAGAGGUAAUUCGGGCUGUAAAGUCCGAGUCGACUGGUUGACUUAUUGGUCGAUAUGUGCUGAGUUGACGAAAAUUCUGGUUCGUGAACUUGAUUUUUGUCCGGGUCAAUUUAUAGUCUAUGGUUAAUCAAGAGGGAUGUACCAAGUGCUAACGGGGGUGUUUUUAGAGCACCCCCAUUUCACAGGUAACAGCCUAUCUUAGAACACCCCCUUGUUUUCACCAUUUUGGAUUCACCCAACUCACUGGAGACCAAAAAGAGACAGGAAGGAAUUGCUUUCUUGUGCUGAUAUCAGUUUAUUUUCACCCCGCUGUCAGAGUCGGAAAAAUCCCUCCCCCGAUUGGUCGAUUUUUGUUUGAAAAAUUUCAGGGUGUUAGUCGUUUAGUUUACAGCCCUUUUAGUUUACAGCCCUAGAGAUAAUCACGGUCCUGUUUCAGCUCCUCAUGUAAUAAUAACACUACAUUUUAUUGAGUCUAAGCACUUAAGGCCACGUUAAAAAAUAAAUAAACAGCAACAUAAAACAGCAAGAUAAAAGCAAUUACCGUGGCUUAAUGAGGACAAAUGUGUAUUAAUAUUAACUGUAAUUCAUUUCAUUUCUAAGAGUUCAUGAGAUUAUCACAAUAAUACAAUAACAGUUAUUUCCUCUGCUUAAUACUCUGUAAGUUAUUAAAGUCCACAAACUCAAAGUGAGACUUGGUUUCAUUCUGAGGUCCAGAUGCCUUAAAAAUAACUCGGCUGAAUGAAUUUAUGCUCAUGACCUUAAGUUUGCUGAACAUAAAACACGAGUUAAAUGCCUUUCAUGAAUGAGAAAAUAAUGUAACCAGGUCAAAAAGAUUUCAAACUUAACCAUGUUUUUGUUUUUAUUGUCAAAUGUAAUUUUGAAAUAUCUUAUUUAUAUGCUGAGAUGAACUGAACACCAUAUCCAAAUGUCAAACUUGAACAACAGAAAAGUACAAAUAUUUGCCAUUUGAGAUCACCUCUGACACUGACCAACAGAAAAAUUGUAUUAUUCAUGGUUUUAUCCGAUCGUGUCAGACAACACAUCAUUACUUACUUAAUAUUUCAGCACAAAUAUGAAAAGGUCCAUUUUCUUACACGCCAUUAUUCUCAGAAUUUUAAUGUGAUAAGUAACCCACUCAGCUUCUUGCCUGACCCCCGGACCUCACGUAGGAGUGCACUGAGUGAUUCAUGCGGAGGUUCCUAUUGAAUCAUAAUAUAAUGGUGUUAGAGCUGUUUCCCCCUCUGUCUCACUGAUAGAUUCAUCCCUGCUGCUGCUGCAGAUCCAUAAAGCAGUUUGUCAGCUGUUAUUCGUCAAUAAAGGCCCCUUCUCAAAGACACAAACCAGAAUAAUUACUUUAGUUAUCAAAGCUGUGGGUUGAACCACAAUGCAGUUUCAUUUGGAAAAAAGUACCCUAACUGGAUUAAGACUGUUAUUGAUCGAUUAUUUUCUGUGCCAGGAUCAAAGGAAAGAUACAUGAGACCAAUCUGACGUAUGAGGACUUCCCGACAUCCAAGUACAUGGGGCCCUUACAGUACACGAUAUGGAAGCUGCUAUUCCAGGAUAUCUCACCAGGUAUGUAACAUGAGAUGUAAGCCGCUCAAACAAGGAGUCAUCCAACGUGACACGACACAAUUGACAGUGAAAGUUGAGAUGCUCUCUCAACACACUGGUCCCAGGUUCAACUCCUGGCCUCAACCCUUUGAUGCAUAUCCCGCCCACUCUUUUCCUGUUCUUCCUCAUAUAGUCUUAUCAACACAGGGAAACAAAACAUUGAUAAUAUUGGAGGAAGAACAGUGAGUCUUGGUUCUAUUCAGUUAGUUAGCUUAGCUUGGCAUAAAGCUGCAAGUGGCUAACAUAGUUCUGUCCAAAGGUAACAAAGUCCUUCAACCUGAAUCUCUCUAAAGAUUACUCAAAAAAAGGUAGGGUUGGUAAUCACAGCAAACCGGCAUGAAUUUGAAUGUAGCAUCUCCUCAGGACUUCAUCUGUUCUCUUCCCCUUCCCCUUGGAGCUCCUCCAAAACAAUGCCCCCGCUCACAUGCAAGAGCGCUGCUGUCUGCUGAUUCAAAACCACAGACUCGAAACUUUGGGACUUUAGAUUAGGAAGUCUUAGCACAGCAGGGACAAAGAGGGUAACGUUAGCAUUGGGAUGACCACAUAACUAGCAACAUGGCUAAAUACUUGAUCAAGAUUAAAAAUCGCCCUGAAACAAACUCAACGUAUCCUUCCAACAGAAAUCAGUGACCAUGGCAUCACUUUUAAAGCCCUUGGCCUCUUUCAGUUCUCUCCAUCGCUGAAAAGCCAUCCCGAUGUUGACUUUCGUUUUCGCCCGUGACCCUCCUGUUAAAUGUUUUUGUAUGAAUUAAAAAAACAAGCCCUGAUGUGAAUGAGCAAGCAGUCACUAGCAGGGGUUUAGUAGCUUUCAUGUAUGGUAUGUACGAGCCCAUUUACUCAAUUUCAAGCAUGUCUUCAAAGCCACACAAACAUUUUCUGUCUUUAGGGGAUUCGUCGUCUUCUCUCCAAAUCACGGACUGCUCCUUUAAAAACCGGUUCCCAUGUCUAAUUUGUGUUUGUUGGCUAAGUGUUUGAAUCAGACACUUAAAUGAGUGAAACUUUUCCUGCCUUUCACCAGGAUGUCUGUAACAACUCUGUUUUUUUUUUUCUCUUCGGAUGAGAAAAAUUGUGGUCAAACCUGGAGGGUGGCGAUGCCCUUCUGUUUCUGACAGCGGCGAGAGGAGCUCGACUCCCUCUGCCCCGCAGCCAUCACUCACUCGCUGGAGAUUAUUCAAAAUGAUGUGCUGAGGAAUUUCGUACUCCCUCAAUCAGUUCUUCGCAAUUCAGCCGGCUGCGGGGAGGCCAGGCAGUUUUCUGGCCUCCCUUGACUGCCUGCCAAAUGGAACAAUUGGUUACGAUCCAUCACCGGUGGUUGCCAGAGAAGAAAUAAAGACAUUCUUCCCAUCAUCCCUUAUCCCUCAUCCCUCAUCCCCAAUCCCUUGCUGAUUGGUUAGCAGGAAUAGCUAUGAGACGCCAUGCUGUUUUCUCCCUCUCAUCCUCAGCAGGAAAAAUAGUUUCGUGGCUGACGCAUGUUUGAUGGCAGGUUUCUGUCUUUGACACAAAGAAGCUCCAAGGUUAUGAAAUUUUAAUGACCCGUCUGUAACAAACACUGGAAAUGUCAUUGACUAGAGGAUGCAACGUCCUGUCCGCUGGCUGGACGCCAGAGUUUUCACCUCCUUUUAAGCCAGCUGAUAUAACACAGAGAAAGUGGAAAAAAUGCCGUCCCACUGUUUCCAUGAGUCAGUUUUAUAUGACAGGGAGCCAAGAGAACAAGCUGUUAUUGUUCUGCCUGAUAUGGUUCCCCUUAAUAAGCAGACGUGUUUGCAGAUUCUCCUGCCCUGAAACCACAUAACUGCACUGAGAAACGGCCUCCUACCAGCCCAGACCCUGUGGAGCAAGGUGGAGGGGCUCCACCCAUCACUGCAAUUACAGCCUCACUGUAUUGUUUGCAACUCUGGCAUGGUAUGAUGUUGUUCAAACGGUGCUGGCCAAACACAUUCUGUCUGGGGAGCAUUUGAUUAAAGACUGAAGUUUAUACAAGGAGGUAAAAACAGGAAAAAAAAUGGAUGGUGGUGGUGUACACAGUCACACUCCUUGCACAACUCUUUGCUGCAUUUCCUGAAGGAGAAAAAGAGUGUUGUCGGGGGUCAGGUGCACUAUGAAAUAACAAGCUAUCAGUCGUCUUUUACCACGGGGCAGAGCUUCGAUCACCUCCUUAAACUCUGGCAGGAAUGAUUUACAACACAAACGCUCAUGUCCCCGGCAGGAGGUUGGUCUCAUGGGGGCAAUAAAUCAAAGUUUUUGAAGACAUUUUCUCGCUGACCUUCUGUUCUCUCUUAUUUUGAUGGGAUUUAUCUAGUUUGGACACAUGUAAUUUUUUUUCUAUAAACAUAAAUGCUUCCUCUGCUGGAAAAAUAAAGGGAUAUUCCAGCGUAAAAUUAGGUUUGGGUCAAACACCGAGUUAGACACCCUGUCAAGAGAUGAAUGUUGCUGACUGCUUGCUUCUCUCAUUAUACCAACUUUAGUAACGACCGCACGAUAGCAAUACACAGCGGUCUGAGGUGCCAUUAACAAACAUCAACCAAAACGCCACUGUAUAGCCACAAAUAAUGCUCAGAACAGCACCUAACUUCAUCAACAGUACAGAUAGGGUCCCAGCCAAAGUACUAGCCACCAAACAUCUUUUCAGCUUUACCUAAUUUCUUUAUUUAUUCAUUACUUUAUCAUUUCCCUGAAGUAAUAAUCAUCAUAUUAAUCAUUUUGCACUACAAACGCCGUAGUUCUUCUGCCUUAGCGUCUCACUCUGAUUGCAUUUCCAUGAAGAAAUGAUCAUAAAUGUUCUUCCUUGAGCUGCAAAACUCCACAGCAGUCUGUAAUGGACUGGCCCAGAGGUCUCCGUACAAACAAGCGGCUGCUGGAAGAGAGUAGGUGAGUUGUGUUUAGUCUCUUUGCUAAAGAAAUCAGGCAAAGUUACAAAGAUGUUUGGUGGCUAGUACUGUGGCUGGGACCCUAUAUGUACUGUUGAUGAAGUUAGGUGCUGUUCUGAGCAUUAUUUGUGGCUAUAAAGUGGCGUUUUAGUUGAGGUUUGUUUAUGGCUACUCAGACCGCUGUGUAUUGCUAUCGUGCGGUCGUUACUAAAGUAGGUAUAACUAGAGAAGCAAGCAGUCGGCAACAUUCAUCUCUCGACGGGGUGUCUAACUUGGUGUUAUGGUGCAUUUGAUCCUAACUUAAUUUUACGCCGAAUAUCCCUUUAAGGUGAAUAAAAGUUUGAUCAAAUCUAGCAACAUCCCUCAUCUCCAGCAAUUUCUUUGGUUUCAUUGUUCUCAUAUGUCUUGUAUACAGAGGGGAUUUCUUUCCUGAUUUAAGCCCCCCAAUGUCAGAAAUAACAGAUUAUCCCCCAAAUCCUCCCAAACACUGUUUUUUAAAAAAAAAAGCAUUUUGCGAAGUACGGAGUAUUAUAAAUGGAAUUGAAUUAACCUGUGUCUCAAAAAUCCUCCAUUCAAAGCGAGACCUGAAUGCUGGCUCUCGAUCGCAGCAGUCCAGCUCCUGCAGUCCCAGACUGGACAGCUGACUGACAGCAGAAUUUGCCUGACUAAAACAAUCCACAGGUAGAGUCCAGAAGGAGCAGACAGGAAGAAAGCAGCAUCAUUAUUCAUUUAUUUUAUUUCCCUUGUUGCCUCUAUAGAUUGAUGCCUUUCAUAAAAAAAAAUGAUUGCUUCUGUUCUGAGUCAGAGGGGUGAUGAACAUCAGAAACCCCGCUGAGGGGAUUUCUUUUUCCACAGCGGAGGCAGAAACCUCAGCCAUGGAUGUCUAAACCUGUGGAAACAAAGCAAACCAUUUUCAGUGACCUCCGGGUCAAAACGUAAAAUCUAGUGUUGAUGUUUUUGUUUUGUUUUUGUUUGUGGAGGAUAAGUUCAUCACCUUGACCCUACCUCUUCUGUGAAGCUGACUGGAUGCAUUUACUUUCUGCCUGAUCCUCACACAGCAUGUCUAUAAAGAGAAAUGAGGUGCAGAGAAUGACAGUGCAGUUCUCAUCUGUUUGGUCCAGCUGAGCCAUGAAAUACUGACGCGUCUGUCUUAUUGUUGAGUUAUUUUCCAUCCUGCUGAAAUCCAUAACUGUCCUGUUUUAUUCAGGCAGACUGUUUGUCUCUAAACUAUCAAAACUCAAAGUGAAGUAAAUGCUGACUCUCCUCUCUUCUCCCCUCAGUCCCUGCAGCAUUGACCCUCGACCCCAUCACAGCUCACCAAAGACUGAUCCUCUCAGACGACUGUACCAUAGUAGCCUAUGGCAAUCUACAUCCGCAGCCACUGCAGGACUCCCCUCGCCGCUUUGACGUGGAAGUGUCUGUUCUGGGCGCCGAGGGCUUUGUGUCGGGCGUGCAUUACUGGGAGGUGAUGGUGUCAGAGAAGACCCAGUGGAUGAUCGGCGUAGCCAAUGAGACUGUGAGCCGCAAAGGCAGCAUUCAGAUCCAGCCGAGCCGAGGCUUCUACUGCAUCGUCAUGCACGACGGGAACCAAUACAGCGCCUGCACUGAGCCCUGGACCCGCCUCAAUGUAAAGAGCAAGCUGGAGAAGGUGGGGGUCUACCUGGACUACCACAAAGGUCUGCUCAUCUUCUACAAUGCAGACGACAUGUCCUGGCUCUACACCUACAGGGAGAAAUUCCCUGCUAAGCUCUUCCCUUACUUCAGCCCGGGUCAGAGUCACGCUAACGGCAAGAAUGUGCAGCCGCUUCGGAUCAACACUGUACGCCUUUAAGAGCUGCACACAUCUGCUGUCAUGAUUGUUCUGACGGAUGUCAUCGUACGCAAAUUCACGGGACUUGUUUAGAUUAAAAAAUGUUCAACAAAUCAGUUUAAAAAAAAAAACACUAAAAAGAUGGUUCAGGUUUUUUCUUGUCGGGUUGCAUGAGGUAGACGAUGUAUUAUCUUCAGUCAAUGAUGGUCAGCAUGGACCCUGUUUGAAGAAUUCAGAGAAAUAACGAGAAUAGAUGCUGCGCUCUGCUUAACCCAAGGCUGAGUAUUGGACUUAAAAAGUCCCUUCCUUACAAAAAACAAGUCCAUGCUGUAAUCUAAUGUUUUCAGACUUCAGAUAGCUCCUGUCUUUGGCAAUGAGUUUAUGUCAACAAUAUAAGUUCUGUGUUUUUGCAUGUGCUCUGCAAUGUGUUACAGCCUCUUUAACCAAAAAGUACCAUGGCAAUAUUGAUAUCGGAUAUCGGUCCAAUAUCAGCAAAGAAAUUGAAUAUUGGGUUAUAUCGGCCUGCAUCUAAAACGGCCUGCAUCUCCGCCCUGGCACCUCUAUCUAGCAGCGCCCUGAUCCAGCAUGCAAAGCCCACAAAAUCACAACAACUGUGUAUACUAAGGUACUAACAAAGUACCAAGGAGUAAGAGUGAUGACAGCCCUGUGGCAGUAUUUUUUGUUUAAGUCUGAAAAAGACAUUGCAGCUGAGUGAAAAACUUGUCUUGCACGAUAUUGUGCCAAUACCGGUAUCGGUCUACAAUAUCGGUAUCAUAUCAGAAGUCAAAAAGUUGUAUCGGGAAGCCGCUAAUGGCAAAAUCUCAAACGAAAAAUAAAACGUCACUCUUCCAAAGACUUUUAAGAUCGUACAAACUUGUGUUCAAACAGAGCAUCCUGGUCACUUUACUGUCUGUAGGACACAAUACAAAGCAGCCUGCUGGAUUCUUACUAAAAACACUGAUUUAUCAAACCAUCUGAAGAGCUGGAUUUUAAGAAUAAAAAACUGAAACACCCCAACAGACAGCUCCCAAAAACGUAUCUGUCCACUGUUUGCACGGGUUUAUCCAACAAUCCUUUGACUCGGCUGACAGUAUUUCUUCAUUUACAUUUUUUAGUUUUAGGUCUUUUGUCUGUUGUCUCUUCUGUAAAAUGCUGAUUGAAUACUAUAUGCUGCAUAAGAACACACACACACAGCUGUGGUAUUUAAAAAUGUGCUAAAGAAAGAGCAGCCUGACAUCAAGACAAAGCAGGAGAAAUAUUCAAAUAUGUCCAGAUAAGCAGAGUCUCCUUUUGUUCAACAUCCCUGUGAAUAGAGUUAUAAAGUUGAGCUGCUUCUGGCCAGCGUAUUUCCAAACAGGGACUGUGCUCACCAUUAUUCACUGUACAUAAUAUGAAUAGUGAUAAUGACCUCAUGCAGCCCACUUUAAAAAAAACCCAAACACUAAAGUGUGUUUGAAGUCUUUCUUUCGUAUCAGUUAAGAGUUGUGCUCGAUGUUGCUCCUCAAACGUGCUGUUUUUAUGUGACUUAAAAUGACCGUAUCAUAAUGGCCUGCACUCAAGCCUCAUUCGGCAUCCUCACCUGAAAAGAUAACACUAAAUGGAGACACAGGGACCCCUGGGUUCCUCCGGAGUCUGUGGCAGUGAUGUAAAAAUAUAAGUGAUUUCCCCUCUUUGAAAGUGACUGUCCUAGACCCGCUUUGCACACUCCCAGGGGGAACCACUCUCCUUAUCAAGCUCCUGGCCUGCCAGACUUGACGUCCCCUUUGCCCGAGCCUGUGGAUGCUGUUGACCGGUCCCGUCUCCUUCGUGCUGUACAGUUGGCUUAGCUUUGUGUGUGGAAUGUGAUCGACAACACUCGGCUCCUUUUUACGGCUUCUGUUUAGCCACCUUGAACUUGUCAAGUUGUUUUUCUUCCGUGUUAAACCACAGUCUUGGUUCCCUUUUGCUGGAUUCUCAUUCACACGUGUGUGUUCAGUCUUCAUCAGUGGGAGUACAGCUCCUCUUGUUAUUUGUGCACCAAUUGUUAUUCAUGUCACUGUAAACAAUGUAGUUCAUUGGAUGCCCAUCCUGUCAGCUUCUAAGUCCUUCGCACACAUGGUGGGAAAGUCUGAUUGGAAUUCGGGAUUGUCCAGAAUUAUGCUGCUAUGAUGGGAUAAGAACUCGGAUGUUUGUAUUUAGAGGAUGAAAUGUUAAUUGGAAAGUUUUCGCCGUACACAUCAAGUUUGUCCUUCAUUUGUGUUUUCUGUCCAUGAAUGCAUUUAGUUUGUAAAAUUAUUUUUCCCGUCGUGUCGUUUUAUCAUUUCCUCUUGAACUCAAAGGGCGUUGGAUCUGUAUUUUAUGUACAUUGCCUCGUAAUGCAUAGAUUUUCAGACUUUAAUUCUUAAAUUAUUGUUAAGAAAUGCGAUAAAAAACACAUUUUUUCUGUUCCAAACCAUAUCCAAGUGUAAAAGAGAUCAUGGCUUUAGAAAUCAUGUAGAAAUAAUGAUGAAUACAUGGACUGAAUGACACUUGUGUACUACCCCCCCGGUGUGACUGGCAUUCCCCAGGCUGCUGCUGUGUUACAUCAUAACAAAAUCACAGAUAAUUCCCCUGAGGCCCCCCCUCCCUCCUCAUGUGUAUUUCUUCACCCCACGUGCCUCAAGUGCUCUUGUUUAUCGGCAGUCGUACACAAGUCCAGCCGAAUCAGCUCCUAAGAGGCUCCUGUCACUUCGCCAAGUCCGGCAUACUGAGAGAUACAGUACAUGUGCGCGUGGAUGGGUGUGUUUGUGAAGCUAUGAUUUUAAAUCCAGCUUUAGCACUGCUCAAUAAAGUCCAUUUGGCCGUAGAGACACACCCAGGCUGUGGCUAAAAGAGUUAACUACGAAACACUUACAGAUCAACUCCACAGAUUUUUCUUUGGGAUAGUCAUCAACCACAAAUCAAAACAAAACCGAAAGAAACACCUCUCCCUUUGUUUGCCACCAUUCGUCACCCAAAUGUGUCUGUGCGUUAUCUGUGUUGUUCAUUUUUUCAAAAGAAAAUGGGGCAGUGCCCUUGUUUUUGUAGGAUGUGGAUGUGGUAUUUGCAGUAUGACGCAAACUUGGGUCAAAUUGUGACACCUCCAAGUUCUUCUUGAUCUUUGUUAUGACUUGCACAGAUCUGCCUUCUGAAUGACAAUGCUGAAUAAAACUCGGGCAGCUUGUCUGUUUUAUUUUCCGCAAAACGCAACUCAGUAAAAAACCUGCAUUAUAAAACGGGUUCAGUAAACUUCUGUUUGAUUGUUAAAUGUUGAGAAGGUUCAGACAAUCAUGACUGUAUUUUGUCACCCCUCUCUCUAAACUUGCCCCCUGAAAACAGGCGCUUUAUGCAUGUUAAAACAAACGCUUACAUUUGACCUCAGUUUGCUUUGUUGUAGACUUCAGUGGAGUCUGUUUCUGUUUGAAUAUCAAGAAGGAGAUUAUUGUGACGUGGUGUUGGGUUCCUGGUGCUGAAGGUAAUGCUAAUGGUUUAAAUGAUUAUAACAAUAACUAUGACACUUUUAAUGAUUAUAAUGAUGAUUGUGUUCUUUGAUGAUGGCAGCUGUGCACCCAUCUUUGUGUGAACACACUCCUGUGUGCUUUUGCUGCUGGAGGUUUGUGGAAAAUGUUUUAAUGUAUAAUAAAUUACUGCUAAAAUCAGAUGGUCUCGUUAAAUUUGUCCUGAUUUUAAUCUGUAACAGUCACAUUUUCACCCUAAUUCAGAUUUAGUAUAAGCUGAACACAAUAGCCAUUUUCACAUGUGCAAAAUUUCUUGAUUAUCGGAUUACAAAUUUGAGGGAUCGGAUAAUCUGAAUCCACUGUUUAUAUUGGUGCAAAAUCAAAUAAUCCGAUCAUGACGUGCGUAUACAUGCACCAACCUUCAUUCAGAUUAGAAGCAUUUGGACAUGCGCAGAGUUGUCUAAUAUCGCUUAAAACCGCAGAAUUGUUUUGACGCCUGUGCUGUCAACAAACCAACAAACGCGGAAGUGGCUCACUCCAUCCAAUUCAGGAGUUUUCCCACUGUUAAAUGUUGUCACUAGGUGGCGCCCUUGUGUACUUAUUUUACUGGUCUGUCAAAGGUUGCUCUGUGCGUGCAGAUGUGACAUCAUUACGCUGUAUGUACGCCUUGUUAUGUUACCGGAAGAGCAAACACAGCACCUGUGGUUGUGUUUUAUGCCAGAGUGUUGAUAGUGAACCUCCUGUACUUGCCUCAAUAAAUUAACCAAGGGCUAAAAAGCGAAGAUCCAAUUAGGUAAGAGAGUCACGAUCGAAAUAAGUGUUUACAUGGACGUGUUUCGGAAUAACUAUCGACAUAAACCACCCCCUCGAUCGGGACACAAUUUCUUUCCGAUUGAGCCGAACUGUAUCAGAAUCUUCCGAUCAACAUGUUUACAUGAUGCAUUUUUAUCCCAAUCGGGCAUUUAUUCUGAUUAUCUGUGCCCAUGUGAACGCAGCUAUUGACACUUAUUUUUGUACACAAAUUAAAAUCUCUACACCCCUGUGAGCAAGUGACUGAAAUAGAUUUUAUGAAGGAAAAAAGGGCCAGAAAGAGCUUUAAGUGGAUGGGGUCAGAUCAUGGGCAAUAACAACUAGCUAUAAGACUUAAAUUCCAACAUUUUAACUGUUUUCAAAGUAUGAAAAAAGCAUAAUAAAGAUGCUGUCCUUAAGGAUGGCAAAAAAAUGUGUUAUCAGCACUUGUCAGAGCUUAGGCCAAUGUGAUGCAGAUUAUUUUUAAAUGCCAAUUUCUGGCCCAAUUAAUCAGCUACCCGAUUAAUCACUGUCUCCAGUCUGGACACAUCAAGAUCUUCACCUUUUAAAAGGAGUGCAAAGUUAAUUUGCCUCUUAUUAAAGACUCGCAAACUACAGGGGUUGAACACCAAUGCUAAAGAGAUCAUGCAUGCCAGUUAGUUUGGUACUGAACUAUGUUUAAAUGUGUGAGUCUGCAGUCAAAGAGCAAACAAGCUCCACCACAGUAUUUAAGACAAACAAUACCAACACAGCUGUGAUUGAAUCUCUCAAAACAAAAACAUAUCUAAGAGGCAGAUUAAUCUUGAUACGUGGGAGGACUUUUCCUCGGCUUGUCAAUACCUGCUCCUUUUCAGUCAGAGUUUCCUGCCAGAUAUUUUAGUCGAGAUAUGCCAAGCUGUCAGCCCAGUUAAGCCUUCCUGCAUGGAGGUAGGAGGUUGUGAACUCUUUUUAUUAGCGUUGCCUAUUUUGGCAUAGGCAGACGUGAUGUGAUGAAUAAAAAAAGACGCCUGCAUGGGUUCAGUGCUCCUUUCAUCGUCCUCCUCAUUUACCAUCUGUGACGCCUUAGAGCGACUGGUUGUUACUCUGCAGCGAAGAAAUUUGUCAUACAGCUUCAAAUCUUGAUUGAAAGUUUAGAUCUGAGUCAAACUGCAUCAGAAAAGCCCGAAAGUUGUGUUUUUGGAGUGUAACUUUGUACCCUUCUGCUUUAUUCUUUCACACCCUGAAGCUAUUGAGCCUUCUUGCAUCAGGAUUUCAGCUGUUUCACAACACAAACUCCGCAGUUUGAAGAGGAGCAGCGUCGAUUCAAAGCAAACCCCCAGGACAAGUGGCUUCACAUCCUCUGCUCUCGUUCUAUAAUCUCGCUCCUGUGAUAGAGACAUUCUUAUCUGAGGAGGUGUCUGUCCUGUAAUAGAUGUGUUUUACCUGAGGGGUAAGUGUCCAUUAAAAAGUCACUGAGCUCUCCUUUGAGAGAUGUGUAUCUGAUUUCAGUCUGGUGUGGCCAUCCUGAGGCCAAAGUUGGGUUUUUAAUCUUGUAAAUGAUGGAAAACGCAGAAACGAGGGCUCUCAUUUGUCAUCAAGUACAGUAAAGAACAUGUGCUGCAGCCAAUGGCAUGAACAGAUAACAUCUCCAUUAUUGCACAUAUUGCAGAAAGAUACAGUAUUACGGUUUAAUUGAUUUAGCAGAUGCUUUAGUCCAAGAGAAAGGACAACACAACCGAGGAUCUAGACAGAAAAGAGGACAAGUAUGUCACUGCUUCAUGUCCAAAUCUUGUUGGGUUUAUUUUCACAUUAUAACAGCCAAAAUUUGGGGAUUAUUAAAACAAUACUCAUCUGUUUAGCACUAAGAAUCAUGUUAAAUGGAUAUGACUUUCAGAUUUCAGCUCUGUACGAUUUCAUAUACUCCAAAUAUAUUGAACAUAGGAAUCUUCUGGCCUCAGAGCACAGAGAAGAAAGCAGUCACAUGGAGAUGAAUCAGAAGAUUACUCACCAGGCUGGGAGCUGUUCAAUCACUUGUGGGUGUUCUGAUAAAGCACUCAAAUGAAACACUAUUAGAGUAAGAGAUCUGUCCUCACCAUACUGCUUUCUUAUAUUUCCCACAGAGCAUCGCUCUUGCAUCAAAUGGCAACAACAUAACAACUAAAAAAUCCCACAGCAACUAAAACAUUACGUCUGAAUGUCAUCAUGCCCUGGAGGAAAAUCUUUUGCACCCGUUAACCUUUUGUCUGUUCACUUCUCAGUAAGAUUUAGGUUCUUACAGCUGUGAAGCAAUAAUUUUCAUUGGGUUUAAUCAGGGCAUUUAAAGUCCCUCCAUGUGUCUUAAAAUAGGCCCUCUGAUCUCAGUCAAGUCAGGUCUCUGUAGUUUGAGAGGAUGUGUGCAGGCCCUUCUCUCUGCUCCCCCAGGCUCUGUCGUGGGUAGAGAAACCUUAGAAUGACCUCCUCUGCCCCCUCAAUCCUCCACAUCCCUCUUCUUUGGCUUUAAAACUCAUUUACCAUAUAUGUUUACAGCCUCUGGGUCCUGCUGAAGGUGUCUGUUCCUCAUAGCUGUAGUUCUUGUGCAGGAGUGCCCUCUAGUGUUCACCACUGUGGAGUGUAUGUGACGCAGCUGAAACGAUCGUGUUGACAGUGAAGGAGUAAAAAAAGAGGGGUAUCUGUCCAUUCAAGUGAAUAUAAGCCCCCGUCUACAUCUUUAUGUUGUGAAAGGUUGGGUUUUCAGAUUCAUUUUUGUUGUUGGCAGAAGCAAAAACACUUUUAUCCAAAGGGAAACUGAGAAUCUUUAACUCACCAUUAAGCAUUAAUGAGAUAUGAGCAACUGCUAAGCUAGCUAACGUAACAAAUAGCAUGUUAGCUUAGCAAAACAGAGGGUCUUUGUCUAAAUAAAAUAACUAACACCCCUAAAUAUCACUUUUUGGAAUCUUUUACCUCAUAAUAUGAUACAUAUAAAACUAGUGGACAAAUAAUAAACCUCUAAAGGGGGGAAUUUCAUGGAAAAAAAUGUUUCCUGUAGGCCUAUAUCGGAGCAACAGUUGCUAAAUGUAAGCUUUAACAGUGAAGUCAUAUAUUUCUGUUAACUAUUACAGUUAACUGUCUCUGAGUUAAGCUAAAAAAAAUGUGUUUCAUACAGAGAACUACUCACAAAGUGUUGAUAGGUUCAUAUUUACAUAUUUACAAGUUUAAAUGCUUUCUUUGCAGCUAUUUGUUAGGGUUAGCAGAUUAUGCAGAAUGUGUUUCUGAGGUUCAUUUACGUUUAUUUUGAGGUGUGACAUGUAAUCAGGGUUGUCCAGGAUGUUAAGUUUUGGGGGUUUUGUUGUCAGGGUGACAAGAUGGCUGAACAGUAAAAGCGCUGUUAAUCUGUUGAGUUAUCUGUCUCCAUCCUGCUGUUUCUCAUCAUUUGAAUUAUCCAAACACCUUGCAUCGGACCUUCACGUUACAAAAGUAUACACUGGAUAUUAAAGCUUUGCACAGACUAUGAUACAAAUGCAAUACUCUUUCAGUGAGCAUUUUCUACUACGCUAAGCUAAGCUCAGCUAAGCUAACUAGCUGAUACUUAGAUGUCAACAUCCCAUUCGCCUCUAAAACAGGCUCCGACUUGUUGCAAGACAAACAAGUUUGAUACCAGUAAUAAAUUCAUGGUAUGUUUUAUUGUACAUUGGUUUCUAAAGUUAAAUCUUAAACUUUAAAGAAAGUACAACACAGAGUAAAAACAAAAAUAUAUUCCCAGGAAAUAGUGCAUUAGUUGUACAGCGACAGAAAAUACGUAACAGCAAGUAUAGUUCAAGUACCUUAGAUUCCCUUCAUUACAGUAGUUUGGUAAAUCUUCGUGUUUGAGUGUGCUCUCCGAGGGGAAGCACAGUCCUUUGAGACUAUCUGCUUUUCGAAGAACAGAGACAAAACUACAGAGAAGAAAAACGAAAUCUGUGGCACACCCUCGAGCCACAGGCGUUGUGUUUAUUUGUACAUUGCUUUAUGCAGGGUUUAUGUGAUGCAGCAUCAGCACACUUCAUACAGCUUCUCUCAAAGCCCUGUUUGCCCCUGGAUUAGUCUUAUUUCAAUGACAGAGGCUUGUUCUGUAACCCAUUGUGUAAUGACAAAUCGCUUCAGAUCUUAAGGCUCUGUUCUAUAAAAGCAGGCCUUCUAGCUGUCUGUUUCAGCUAGGUUUAGUGUCUUUCUAACAAGCAGGCCUCAACCUGCCUCUUCAGCACUUUCAACAUAUUAUUCAACACAUGAAUAUCUCCAAAGGGAAAUGCUUAUUUACCCUCAGUUCCAACCAAUGUUGACAGGUAGGCAUGCCAUCUGCAAACAUGCAAUAUUAAUCUGGUGAUCUUGUUGCCAACAGCACUUUGUCAGCGUCCAAUUUCUGCUUCUCACCCUUCCCACUUCAUAGAAGUGUUUCAUUGUGUACGGUGGUUGUGUUGUUUGUGCCCGCCGCAGAUGAAACUAAAGAUUUGAUGCACAGCUCCAGCAGAGUUUCAAUAGUCCUGAUCAGAAAGAUGUUCACGCUGAGAUUCAGAGGCAGUACAAAGAUAGAGAGCACACCCACCAACCCUAUCAUUACAUUUACCCCGGGGCAGGGAAAACCCCAUUGUCUCCUGUGCUCUGAGUCCACGCGGUCUUCUGCUAUAAAUGUCAGAAGUAUACUACUCUUUGUCCUCUCACUCUCCUGUCCUACCUUCCCUGCAGAUACAAAGUCGGGUGGGAUGAGGACAAAGUCUCCAUAGUGACUUGUUGACAUCUCCAUGUUGUUCCAGGAAUAGGUCCUGUGAACACUGCAGCUGCUCUUUGUUUUCUCUGGGUCAACACACAGAGCUGCCUCCGGUUCUGACUUCACAUGCUCAGAGGGAACGAGGACAAAGUCUUGGAAGCAACUUUCACCGUUAUUCUCAUCAACACUUUUUCUUCUGUGCUUUUCUCUACCCAUACAUGCAGGGGUCUUUCGUAAUGGUCUAUCCAGGUUUGUGGUCAUGCUGAGGAUGAGCAUGAGGAGCGAGAGGAAGGCCAUGCACCAGCAGGGGUUUACAGAGAUGGGCAUGGGGCUUAACAGGUUGGGCAAACACCUGAUGAGAGAGUUGGUCCUGCGCAAACAGGUAGAGGUCCACACUUCCUCCAGCUUCCAUCUCCAGCUGACAUUGAGGGCGACGACAGCCCACACUGACAGGCAGCAGAGGUAGCUGACAACCUGAGAAAUCUUCCACUUCUUUCUUGUACCCUCCUCCUCCUCUUUUUCCAACGUUUCCUCCCAGAUGUUACGAUCUAGUUCAUCAUCACCUGGACCUGAACCUUUUGACUGAUGAGCAACUGUAGAUGGAGGAUAGAACAGUCUGUUCAGAGUCUCCACGGCGAUCAGAGGUAUGGUCAGGAGAAGUACCACACCAUAUGUGUGGCUGAGGAACAGCAGGAAGCGCAGUGCAAUAACAUCCCCAUGGAAGCUCUGAUCUGACAGCCAGGGCUCAAGGAUGCAAAGGAUCGUCAGAAAAACUAUAAAAGAAAAGAGAAAACGUAAGAAAGUUUGUUAGAGGGUUUUGGAUGAAGGUUAUGUGGAAAUAUUUUGCAUAUGCAGCAGCUUAAAAUAGUAUAAAAAGGAUUCUGUCUGCAUGUGUUGUAUGAUAUGAAAAUCCUCUGCUUGUAAUCUGUUAAGUUUCACAACUUUAAACGACAUCAGAGUUUUCCCCGAGGUGAAAAACCAAGAAACCUUGAUGUGCCAAUAUUUCCUUCUGUGUUGCUGCAAAGUUUCUCCACACUGGUGUACUCUGACUGUACUCUGGAGGUUACAAGAUUCAACAGCACAAUAGUGAAAGUUUUCUCAAGAGGAAAAUAAAAUAAAAAAAACCUAUUGUCCCCUGAAACAGUCAUGAUGUCACAAUAUCCUGUUCACUUGUGUAACUGACAUUUCAGGUGAGCAUACAGAAACUGCCUUUCAUAAGAGAGAGCGAGUGAGAACAGUGCAAGACUCUGCACGUACAUCAGGCUACACAAUAAGGUUGGACUAAAAGAGAAGGAACAUUAAGUAAUCCUUUUCAAGAAACUGAAAGAUUCAGUAAAAGGAAUCAGAAUAUACAAUUAUAAAAUAUAUAUAAUUUAUCAAGUGUUUUAUUUAUUUUAUUGUAGUUAUUCAGUAUUUUUUUACUUUAUUGAAUUUAUUCAGUAUUUGAUUUAUAUAUUUUAUUAUAUUUAUUUACUAUUUUAUUGUAUUUAUUCAGUAUUUUUUAUGUACUUUAUUGUAUUGAUUCAUAUUUUAAUUAUAUAUUUUAUUGUAUUUAUUCAGUAUUUUUUAUUUUCUUUAUUGUAUUGAUUUAUAUAUUUUAUUAUAUUUAUUUACUAUUUUAUUGUAUUUAUUCAGUAUUUUUUAUGUACUUUAUUGUAUUGAUUCAUAUUUUAAUUAUAUAUUUUAUUGUAUUUAUUCAGUAUUUUUUAUUUUCUUUAUUGUAUUGAUUUAGUAUUUUAUUAAUUCAUUUAUUGUAUUUAUUCAGUCUUUUAUUUAUUAAUUUUAUUGUAUUCAGUAUUUUCUUUAUUUUUUUAUUGUUUCAGUAUUUUAUUUAUUUUAUUGUAUAUAUUCAGUAUUUUUUUAUUGAUUUCAUUGUAUUUAUUCAAAAUUGUAUUAAUUUAUUUUAUUGUAUUUAUUCCGCGUUUUAUUUAUUAAUUUUAUUGUAUUUAUUCAGCAUUUUAUUUCUUUAUUUAUUUAAUUUAUUGUAUUUAUUCAGUCUUUUAUUUAUUGAAUUUAUUUAUUCAUUCAGUAUUUUAUUCAUAUAUUUCAUUGCAUUUAUUCAAAAUUUUAUCAAUUUAUUUUAUUGUAUUUAUUCAGUAUUUUAUUUAUUUUAUUGUAUUUUACUGGACUGCCAAGAUAAUUUAAUUUCUCUUCUGGGAUUAACAAAGUCAUCUAUCUAUCUAUGUCUAUAAGCAGCUAUGUACAACUCAGACGUGCAGAAGAGGAAUAUUGAUAGUUGGAUAACUGCUGAUACAAUAAUCCAACAUAAAAAAUUGUAUUUCUACUGAUGAAAGUAAAGGUGAUGCAGACCUUACUAACAACUGACCUAGAGGACUGAAAAUAAAAACAGGUCCAGUAUUUCUGUAGGUAAUGGGUCUGCUUUUAUCAUAAGUGUUUCCCCUGUAAGAGGAGCAGUUACUUACUUUAUCUUUAUUUUUUCAUUCAUAUGGAUACAAAAGAGCACAUUCAGAGCACCAUACUAAUAACACGUUAUAUUUCCUCCUUCAGAAAGAAGAGUUGGGGACCACUGGGCCAGACUGGUGCUGACCAGUUCAUCUCAAACUCACCUGUGACCAGGAAGUCAGUGAAGAGGAGGUGACAGCAGCAGCAGAAGCUGACCGGACUCUGGGAUCCGGUCAGUGAGGGCAGGAAGAGUAGACUGCAGGCCAGUUUACACGCACACAACACGGCUGCUCCUUCCAACACACCAUCCAUGGCUACAACAACAACAACACACACGCGGGUUAACGCACAGGCAAACUGGUUUUCUGUCGGCCUCGGGGUAGAGGAGGCUCAGGAAUGCUCGGCACUCUGCACACAGUAAACCCCACAAAAACGUGUUAAAAAUAUCUGUAAAGCUUCCCUAAAGUUCAACUAACUCUCAAUGAGUCAUGGUUACUCCUCUAUGUAUGAUUCAACCUUGAGGGUUUUUAGGGUUGAUAUUUUCAUUGUUGACAUUAGAAUUGAACCCUGGACCAGACCAUUGUUUACAGUGGAUCCAAAGUGAGGAAAUUUAGCUGCAAGUUCAGUUUAACAUGCAUGGUAUCUCCAAUUAUUUUCAACACCAAUAACAGGCUAAAUUCUCAUAAACCCCUCAGUAAUGUGAGCAUUUGUACAGUACACCCUGUUGCUGAGCUGACUGUAAUUACUCCCCCCUCCUGAACAUGAUACUGUACAAUCAGACUAGAUUAAUAGAGAAAGGUAACCCUUUUAUUUCUUUAAGUGAUUAGCAUAUCAUAUCAUACAAAGAUCUAGACCUGGAAUAAAACUGCGGUGAGUUUGUUCAGCUCUUACCUGGACUUACAGGAGCCUUCAAAGCAGCAUGUUAAUAUGAGCGUCAAACGUUUCAUCCGUUUCUCUUCAACCCCUACACCUAUUGCUCCACCCUCAUGGGGAUAAUGACCCCCUCCUCCCUCCUUCUCUCACCUCCCCCCUCCUGUGCUCCCUGCACCUGGUCUGUGUGGAGGUGAGGGAACAUGUGCACCUAUGAGGGUGUGGCUGUGUUUGUGCAGGCAAGAAAACCAGUCUAACUAGCUAACUAUAUGUGAGGGAUGCAAAGUGCGUGUCAGUGUCAGUGUAUGUGUUUGAGUGUGAAGAUAAAAGUGUUGACAUCGGUUAAUGAUAAAGAUGUUUUUGUACUGACACUGUAUACAUUCCUGCGUUACACCCUCCUUCUGCAAAGUACAAGCUUGUUAUUUCAGAGGUUAAAGCAAAUAUGCACGUGCAGAGUGUUGAUCAAGAACCAGGACUAAGAUGAUGCCAUUUCCUGGUCACAUUUGCAAGUCUUCACAAAGAAAUCAUCCUGCAAUAUGAGCUGUUAUCCAUUUCCAAACUUUAUUUAAAGCUCAAACCCUGUUUAAAUGUCCAUUUUAUGAAGUUAUCUAUCAGUUUUGACAUGUGCAUUGACAUCCAACCAUCUAAAAGGAGUUACAUUGCACGUUUUGUUUCUCCAGGCUCUCAUCAGAAUAAGAAAACCCCUUUUUUUUGAGGAGAGGGGUGCGAUGCAGAUUUUUCUUGAAAGGCUGAAAACAAUUGUAACAACAGUGCACCGAGGCAUCAUUUAAAAGACAUUAUUAAAUUUUUUUAUCAAGCUUAUAGACUGUUUCCUCCAGUGCAGAGCAAGAGGACAUGCAUGGCACAGUUGCAUUAAACGCAGAAGAGAAGAUAAUUUUCACCUUCAUUCUGCGAAACAGAGAAAAAACAACAAAGAUUUGUUUUAGAUCUAAUGUUAUGACGGAUGCUUCAUUUCUCUGUCAUCUCAAUGACAACAGUCUGGAAAAGGAUUUAAUGCGUUUAUAUGCGUCUCUGUGCAGCAGUGAGUUGACAGUUUUGGAGCGCCGCACAUUUAUACUUCUUUAGUUUCCUUAGUCUGACUCACACUACAGAUAGAAGCUCAGGUUCAUCUGGAGAUUUGCAUGAGCUGUGGCUAUGCAGGCUUGAUUUGAAUAAGUGAGUGAGUGAUCUAUCUUGUUUACCAGGGUGUAGGUAAGAAAACAACUGUGUGUGCAAGGUAGGUGCAUAAAUGCUACUUCUGUUUAUGUGGGGCCUUGCUUUUGUUGACAUUUUCACAUUAAUUUGUUAAAUGUUUAAGAUAAUUCUGUUGUAGUUUCUUUACUGUUUUAUUGACUUUAUUAGAGUUUUGAUGCUGUUAAACUUAACUGGGCGGAAAACAAUAACUUAAAACAGAUGCAUGCCCCCUACAGGUUAGAUCACUAAAGACACUCUCUAAUGUUCUGUACAUCCCCAAUGAUAAAAAGUGGUUUUAUAAAAUCUACAUGUGCAGUCAAAAAAAAUUUAUUCAAAAAGUAAAACUUCCAUAUAUUCUAGAUUCUCCACUUACACAGUAAAAUAUUUUGAGACUUUUUGUUUGAAUCUGUAUGAUUACAGUCUUCAGCUAAUAAAAAAUUAACAAAAAUCCACUGUCCUACAACAUUAAAAUAUUGUGGAAAAGUCCAGUUUCCUGUCAGUUAUUUCAGCCCUGAGAAGAUCUCUCAUCAGCUAAUCAACUCUGAACACCUGCAAAGGUUUACUGAGCCUUUAUUCUCUCACUCUGGUUUAGUCAAUCACACUCAAUCACAAUCAUGGGGGAGACUGCUGACUCGACAGUUGUCCAGAAGAGGAUCACUGGCACCUUCCACAAGGAGGGUAAGCCACAGAUGGUUAUUGGCUGAUCACAGAGUGCUGUAUUGAAGCAAAUCAAUGGAGGGUUGACUGGAGCCAGGAGAUUUUAGAGCACCUUAUACUCCUAUCUACUGACAAGCUUUAUGGAGUUACAGAUUUCCUUUACCAACAGGACCAGGCACCUGCCCACAGUGCCAAAAUUACCAUAAGCUGUUUUCCGAUCAUGGUAUGACUGUGUCUGACCUGAACCCCAUAAAGAAUCCCUCUGCUAUUGUCAAGAGAAAGAUGAGAGACUCUAGAGCCAACAAUAAAGAUGAGCUGAAGGUCAUUAUCUGUGCAGAGGACCAGACUGAUUGACUCCAUGCUACGUCAUAUUGAUGUAGUAAUUUGUGCACAAAGAGCUCUGACCAAGUACUAAGGGCAUAAAUGAACCUUAUAUUAUUCCAAAAGGUGGAAAUUUCUGUAUAAUAAAUCAUUUUCUUUGAUUGGGGUUUUGCAAUAUUCUAAUGUUUUGAGACAGUGGAUUUUUGUGAGACGUAAUCAGGAUUCAAACAAUAAAAAAUAUUGAGAUAUUUCACUAUAAUGAAUCUGGAAUAUUUAGAAGUUUCUCAUUUUUUGAGCUGCACCUGUGUUCCCACAGUUUUACACAGCAGCAUUUAUCGGUAUCAUUUGGUUUUUAUCACUGAAGGAAGUACAAUCCCUAUAAUCCUGUAUAAAUUAUAAGUUAAAUAUCAAAAAAGGAAAGGACCCAAAAUGCAGAACCAAAAUGAUGAUUUAUUUAAAAGGAACUAAAACAAAAACUCACUUUUCAAAAUGUCCAACUCAAAAAUCCAAAAACCAAGA